CAGGGCUCCAGAGGGGGCGCUUUGACACUCCCCCCAUCUCACAGCAUUCAGCAUUGGCCAUGAGACCAGCAGCACUCCGGUGAGGGAGCCAGCCUGCACUCAGACCAGCUGCCCGGGGGACCCCCCUGCCCCCCAUCACCGAGGACAUGUCUUUCUUUAAUUUCCGUAAGAUCUUCAAGCUCGGGGGAGAGAAGAAGAAGAAGCAGUACGAGCACGUGAAGAGGGACGUCAACCCGGAGGAGUACUGGGAGAUUGUCGGGGAGCUGGGGGAUGGAGCUUUUGGCAAAGUGUACAAGGUAAGGGGAGCUCUGGGAUGGAGCUUUGGUAAAGUGUACAAGGUGAGGGGAACUUUGGGAUGGAGCUUUGGUAAAGUGUACAAGGUGAGGGGAGCUCGGGGAUGUAGCUUUUGGUAAAGUGUACAAGGUGAGGGGAGCUCUGGGAUGGAGCCUUUAGCAUAGUGAAUAAGUCUUUGGUAAAGUGUACAAGGUGAGGGGAGCUUGGGGAUGGAGCUUUGGUAAAGUGUACAAGGUGAGGGGAGCUUGGGGAUGGAGCUUUGGUAAAGUGUACAAGGUGAGGGGAGCUCUGGGAUGGAGCCUUUAGCAUAGUGAAUAAGUCUUUGGUAAAGUGUACAAGGUGAGGGGAGCUUGGGGAUGGAGCUUUGGUAAAGUGUACAAGGUGAGGGGAGCUCUGGGAUGGAGCCUUUAGCAUAGUGAAUAAGUAUUUGGUAAAGUGUACAAGGUGAGGGGAGCUUUGGGAUAGAGCUUUGGUAAAGUGUACAAGGUGAGGGGAGCUCAGGAUAGAGCUUUGGUAAAGUGUACAAGGUGAGGGUAGCUUGGGGAUGGAGCUUUUGGUAAAGUGUACAAGGUGAGGGGAGCUUUGGGAUAGAGCUUUUAGCAUAGUGAAUAAGUCUUUGGUAAAGAGUACAAGGUGAGGGGAUCUUUGGGAUAGAGCUUUGGUAAAGUGUACAAGGUAAGGGGAGCUCGGGGAUGUAGCUUUGGUAAAGUGUACAAGGUGAGGGGAGUUCUGGGAUGAGCCUUUCACAAAGUGAAUGUGGUUUAGGAGAAUGAGACUUUGCUAAAUUGGACAUGGUUCGGGGAGCUCUGGGAUGGAGCUUUGGUAAAGUGUACAAGGUGAGGGGAGUUCUGGGAUGAGCCUUUCACAAAGUGAAUGUGGUUUAGGGGAAUGAGACUUUGCUAAAUUGGACAUGGUUCGGGGAGCUCUGGGAUGGAGCUUUUGACAAAGUGUACAAGAUGAGUGUAGCUUGGGGAUGGAGCUUUGGCAAAGUAUAAGGUAAGGGAGAGCUCUGAGAUGGAGCCUUUACUGUAGUGUUGUGUUUGGGGGAGGGGAUGCUGGGGGAAGGAGCCUUUGACAGAAUGAAUGUAAUCAGGAAGAUGGAGCCUUUGGCACACUGAAUGUUAUCACAGGGAUGGAACUUUUGGCAAAGGCCUCAUAGUUUGGGAAUAGUCUUUUGGGAAGUUAAUGUGAUGCGUGGAUAAUGCUUUUGGCAAAGUGUUAAAGGUGACGAGCUGAAGGAUGGAGCCUUUGGCACAUUUGUCAACUAGUUUUUUAUUAAAAGAUUUAAAAUUUUACAAUAAAAUGAACAAUCUAUAUAAGAUAAGUAAAAAUAUUGAUACAACAAACACUUUAGUGACUGGGCGAAUGGAGCUUUUUGCAAAUUGUGGUGAAGUGAGCUUAGGAGGGAGCUUUGGGAAAUGUGUGCAAGGUGAUCAGUUGGUAAGAUUUUACAAGCUGAAGGGUGUGCAUAAAAAUAAAGGAAGGUGUUAGAGAAAGGUUAUAUGAGAAAAAUGUGCUGUCAUUAUAAGGCAGACAUGGACAGACAGUGACCUCAUCCACAGAUUAUACAUUUUACCUCCCACAUCCACAAAAAGUAUUGUAAGAAAAUGCUUUUGGUCCUCCUAGAAUUAUCACCAAUGCAGCUUGCUUUUUUAAAGACUUGACAUCUUCAGUCAUUUGCUUAUGUGUUGUUAAUGGGAAGUAUUCAGCUAGUUUUUAAUAUUGUUUAUAUGCAGGGCUUUUAGUCUUGUGAUACUGGCCAGCACUGCAUAGCAAUACUUCAAUUUAAAUGAACUCGCUAAACACCUGGAGUACUUUAGCUUGUUGAAGUGCUUUAUGUACCAAGAGUGUGUACUCCUUUAUAUAAUUUGGACAAAGUUAUGCAGUGUUUCCACGCUAUUUUUAGAUAUAACCCCAAUGAAAUGUUUUUAAAGGAAUACGCUACACACCUAAAGCACUAGAGCCUGUUGGAGUGCUUUUAAAGUGAAUUGGACAAACUAAUGCAGCUUUUGCACACUGUUUUUAGAUACAGCCCCAAUUAAAAAAUGCAUAAUUGAAUGCAUAUAGUUUUACAAUUGGGUAUGUCUACUAAAUUGUGAAAAUAAAUUAAAGUAAACAUUUUUCCAUUGGAGUGUUCCUUUAAAAUUGCAAUAGUCUAUGCAGGAAAUUGUUAGAAAAUUAUUUCAUAAUUUACAGAGUAUUGCACCUUUUCAUACAAGUAAGAUUGUACAUCAUUUUAGAUCAGUUCAUAGCUUCCAGCAUAGUUUAAAAAAAAAAAAAAAAAGUGAAAAAUUCAAUUUAAAGUAAAAUAAAUUAGUAGCUUUUGGCUUAAAAUGACACUAUAGUCACCAAAACAACUUUAGCUUAAUGAAGCCGUUUUGUUGUAUACAUCAUGCUCCUGCAGUCUCACUGCUCAAUUCUCUGCUAUUUAGGAGUUAAAUCACUUUGUUUAUACAGCCCUAGUCACACCUCCAUGCAUGUGACUUACACAGCCUUUCUAAACACUUCCUGUAAAGAGUCAUCUAAUGUUUACACUUCCUUUAUUGCAAAUUCUGUUUAAUAUAUAAUUUCUUAUCUCCUGCUCUGUAACAGCUUGCUAGACCCUGCAGGAGCCUCCUGUAUGUGAUUUAAAGUUACAUUUACAGAGCAGGAGAUAUAAACCUUUUAAUAUAAGUUACAUCGCAUUGAAAAUAAAACCAUUUUGUUUAAAUGCAGUCAGUGUCAGUCAAGCCAGGGGAGGUGGGGAUAGUGCUACAAGGACAGAAACAAAAGUGAUUUAACUCCUAAAUGGCAGUGAAUUGAGCAGUGAAACUGCACGGGCCUGAUAUAUAGACAAAAACUGCUUUAUUGAGCUAAAGUUAUGGGGACUAUAUUGUCCCUUUAACAUCUUUAUGGCAAGGCUUAGAAAAAAAUCUUGGUAUCCUUAGUGUUGGUAUAUGUGGUUAAACCUGGAGGGUUUAAUAUUUUUUUGUAAUAUACGUUUUUAUUGUUUUGAAGAGACAUAAGGAAAUGGGGUACAGAAAGGAAGAAGGGUAGACGCAGGGGUUACAUCUUAGAGUGUAUACAAAUCCAUUGUCAUUCUGCUAGAGUAUGGGCAUACAACAAGAGGUUAAUAAUUGACAUUGAUCGUUUCUAUAGAAGCAGGCCGUUGCAUCAUAUUUUUGAGUCAGGGAAAACUCUUCCUGGCUCCUCCAAAACCCUUCCCUAAAUUGCAAGAUGAUGCAUGUUGCCCAUGAAAGGGAAGUGAUGUUGUUAUAUGCUGGAAUAAUCCUGUUUUUAAAAUAAAAUCUACAAUGUUCAUUAUAUCAUUUGCUUUGCAGAAAUAAAGCAAAUAAAUAAUUAUACCAGUUUUCCUUAAAGGACCACUAUACUGCCCUGAGGGUGCCCCCACCCUCAGGGUCACACUCCCGCCGGGCUGGAUGGCGAGGAAAGGGUUAAAUCUUUUUUCCUAGCACCGGGCGGGGAGCUCUCCUCCGCCUCCUCUCCGGCUGCAUGCGCAGCAGGAGCUGCGCGCGCAUUCAGCCUGCCUCAUAGGAAAGCAUUCAUAGUGCUUUCCCAUGGACGCUGGCGUCUUCUCACUGAUUUUCACAGUUAGAAACACGCAAACGCCUCUAGCGGCUGUUUAGAGGCUGGAUUAACCCUAUUAUAAACAUAGCAGUUUCUCUGAAACUGCUAUGUUUAUAAAAAAAAAAAGGGGGGUUAAUCCUAGAGGGACCUGGCACCCAGACCACUUCAUUAAGCUGAAGUGGUCUGGGUGCCUAGAGUGGUCCUUUAACUGAUGGAUCUGGACUUGAAAAGAUUGCCCCCUCCCCAUUUGUUUGAACAGGCUUAUCAAAUCCACCAGGAGCCAAGUAAUUGUCGUAAGCAUCAUUGCCGAUUUGUUUCAAGGAGGAAGUCUAUCUUUGCAAUAUUUAUUUUGAUGUCAAUUAAUUGUUAUAAUUGGAGAAUAGGUCACUGAGCUUAUUUUCUAAUUGAAAAAUGGGUUGCCAAGCUAUAUAUAUAUAUAUAUAUAUAUAUAUAUAUAUAUAUAUAUAUAUAUAUAUAUAUAUAUAUAUAUAUAUAUAUAUAUAUAUAUAUAUAUAUAUGCAAUUUGGGUUCCCAUACGAUAUUCGGCCAGUUCCUCAACACUCGACAAAGCUCCAGGGAUAAAUGUGUGACUUUUACACACAUGGGUGCUGAGGAAAUGGUUGGUUGAGGAUGUGGUUUUAAUGUGCACCUCAAGUUGAUUUACUCUUCUUGUCAUACGAGAGCUUCCUGCUUCUACUGAAUGUUUUUCUGCAACACAGGUUGCAAGGGACCAAUGAAAGUGUCAUUUUGUUAUGGGAAAGUGGUAGAAUGCAGAGCAACACUGCAGGAAGAAACAAAAUCCGGGACAGAGAGGAAAGAUUGAUCUGUUUAACAGUCCCCACCCCCUGCUUCCUUUUCACCCUUCCCUGCCAAAGAGCUUCUUAUUUCAGUCAUUCAAUCUGUUGGUAAAUGUACAGUUUAUGCAGACAUGUGAUUGUCUUGUGUUAGAAUUGGUAAUGUUGGAAAUGCAGUGUAACUCUGCCAAUGUAAAGCUAUAGGGGAUUAUAUGCAAAACACCAAACUGUAGUGAGUGGCAACAUUUAGUGAAACAGGGCUUUUUACUAAAGUUAAAAUUCAUAGUGGAUUUCGAAGGCCAUAGUAGCUGACUUAGGGAAUUUUUGUAGUUCAACUAUUUUGACUUUAAAGUGGACAUGUAAUGAAAAAAAUUCACUUACCUGAAAUCGCUUCCAGAUACACUGAAUACACUAUAUCACAAAGAUACGUGGUUUAUUCAAUGUAAAAUAUAUUGAUUUACUAACCUUUCCUCAGUUCCAGCGCCACUUAGUGGGUGUCACUCUUUGUUUAAUACUCACCGUGGGGCCGUCCUCCGCAGUGUUGUUUGAUUUGCCCUGCUUGGGGAUGCAUUCUCCUCAGUGAGAUCGGAAGUUUGGCUUUGUUGCCGGUGUUCUAUCAAAUUUCCCUACCCGUGAAAAUCCCCUACGCUCCUCACUUCCAGUGAGGGGAAUCAGCUGGAUCCUGUGCUGCACAUGCGUGCUAACACUUCUGCUACUCCUCCACAGCAAGGUCCUGGAAGGUAAGUAAAACUAGUUUUACACUUUCAUUAUAGUUAGUGCAUUCACUAAGCUUAGGACAUGUGGCAUUUAGGGUUAAUGUUAGGGUUAGGAUUAGGGACUUGUUCAUAUUUAGUGAUAUUUCACAUUAGGGGAAUAUCAUUAAAUUGUGCUUUUUCACACUUUAUUUUAACCCUUACCCCAAAGGGUUAGGGUAAGAAUAGAGUGUGAGAGAGGUUAGAAUCACUUACCUAACCCUAAUUUGAACCCUCACUUAACCCUAAAUGUCCCAUGUCCUAAGCUUAGUGAAUGCACUAACUAUAAUGAAAGUGUAAAACUAGUUUUACUUACCUUGCUGUGGAGGAGUAGCAGGAGUGCUAGCACGCAUGUGCAGCACAGGAUCCAGCUGAUUCCCCUCACCGGAAGUGACGAGGUAGGGGAAUUUGAUAGAACAACGGUGUCGCAACAGAGUGACCACAUUAUUGCACUCCUAUACUCCCUAGCUGGCACUAGAAGCGCUGGCUAGGGAGUUACCAUAGCGCAUGUGCAGUGGUUGCUAUGGGUGGAUAGCAGAGUGAACUCUUCUGGGAGGUAUUUUCUGCUCUCCCUUGUCAGUCAGUUCCUUGGCACGCCAAGAAAUUCCAUGACAGCUGGGAGAAAAAAACUAUAUAUUUUUUUUUUUUUUAAAAAAAGGGUUUUCUCCUGAUCUAUAAAUUUGCUAGCAAAACUGCAAGCACAAUGUAUAGAUAUAUUCUUAUGCUCAAUCUAAUGAACAUAGGUUGUUUGGGGCAUGACCGGUCCGCUUUAAAUGAUUACAUUACUUUGGAUUUCCUAAUUACUUUUAAUAACCAUCAAAGCACUGAUGUGGAAAAGGUCGCCAACUCUGCUAUAGUCACAGCUACACUAUUUUAACUUAAAGUUUGCGAUUUUGUUUUUGGUUCACUGCAGUUUAUUGGUAAAGCCCACUAGAUCUUAAUUUUCUAAGUUAUUUAUAUAUAUAUAUAUAUAUAUAUAUAUAUAUAUAUAUAUAUAUAUAUAUAUAUAUAUAUAUAUAUAUAUAUAUAUAUAUAUAUAUGAUAGAGAUGCACUCUCAGGACUUGAAAAAAUAAUUAAUUUAUUCCAGUAGGUAUAACAUCAAAGUUUGCCGACGUUUCGACCCAUUCGGGUCUUUCUCAAGGUCAAUGUACCUGUGCUUACAAGCCAUUUAUAUAGGACAUAAAAAGAAGUACUCACCAAUCUGUGAAGAACCCCCUGAAUCCCUCCGUGCACACCCGGAAGUGAAACCGGAAAUAGAACCCGCAAUCACAUGAUCCAUGCAUAAGUGAUCAUGUGGUGUUGCUAAGAUACCGAUGGGAAAGCAAUUAAUAAUAAGAUCGGUAAAUAUCUCAUAGAUGUGCAAGUGAAAUGUCUAAUAUCAAUCUAUUGGUAUGUAUAUAAAAUCUAAUUAAAGUGCAAAGUGCAUAAAUCCGCAAAAAUGCAGCCUAAUAUAAGAAAGUGAGCAAAGAUCAUAAGAUCAAAUAUACUGUGUAAAGUGUCACCAUAUAUCUAAAGAAGUGAUCAAAGAUAGAAAAUGUUAUGUUAAAAACAUUUCACCAACCAUGUCAAGUUUAGAAGGCAUUUAGCUGAAGCAGUCUAUAGCAUCAAAAAACUAGCAGGCUAAAUAAAAAGGAAAUAAAGCCAUUAGAAUAAAGGCUCCAAAAACCAAUAAGGAUCACAAAUAUACUUAGAGAAAAAGGAAACCAUACGAUUAUUCAAAGAACAUUAUUACUAAAGAAACAUAGAGAGCACGAUACAAUUGGAGUACUUGGAUACUCACAUAGCUCAGUACCUCACAGUUGAGCACCCCAGACAUCCGGUACUGUACACGCUACCCAAGAUUCAUAAAGACCCACUACAACCACCAGGAAGACCCAUAGUUUCGGCUAGGGGUGGCAUAAUCGAACCAAUUGCCAAAUAUAUUGAUACCUUUAUUAAAGAUAGCAUUAUGGCUUUGCCUACAUGCUCACGAGACACACGGGACUUUAUGUCCAGAAUCCUACAAACACCAUACGUGGAGUCGACAUCCUUAUUAGUUACGAUGGAUGUCCAGAGCCUGUACACCAUCAUACCCCAUAGGGAGGGUGUACAGGCUUUGAGGGAGAUCCUGAUCAAAUCUACCAUAUAUGUAGGUCCGCCAAUUGAAUUCUUGUUGGAAUUUCUAAUGAUUGCACUUACAUGCAACUAUUUUUAAAUUUGAAAACCAAUUCUAUGUGCAAGUAUCCGGCACUGCGAUGGGGGCGGCAAUGGCACCAUCAUAUGCUAAUGCCUUCAUGUACAUUUUUGAAUGUGAUCAUAUUUUGGAAAAAUUUGGACAACAUAUUCAACAUUAUUAUCGGUUUGUAGAUGACCUGUUCAUGAUUUGGACAGGUACCAGGAUAGAUCUGGAACAAAUGAUUCAUGAGAUAAAUCAAUCUUCUACAUCUGUUAUACUGAGUCAUCAAAUUGAUGAAAAAUCAAUUAAAUUUUUGGAUGUCACCAUCUAUAAAAAAGAAAAUAAACUGGAAUUUACCUUAUACCGUAAAAAUACGGAUCGUAAUACUCUCUUAUCUGCCUCCAGUUUUCAUCCACAACAACUUAAGAAAUCACUCCCGGUCUCCCAAUUCUUAAGGACAUUAAGAUAUAAUACAGAAACCGAAAAACGAAGAGUUCAAUUGGAAGAGAUGUGGGAUAGAUUUCGUAUGCGAGGUUAUCAUCCACAAACUCUCCAAAUAGCACAAACUAAAGCUUUGAAUAUAUGGAAUCAAGAAAGAUUGAAUGAUAAAAUUAAGAAGGUACCAAAAGAACCAAAAAUUUAUCUUCCCAUGACUUUUCAUACUGGAACAUCGAAAAUAAGACAAUCUAUCCAAAAACAUUGGGAUAUAUUACGUUCAGAUAAAUCACUACCUCAUACAUUCAUGAGCUCUCCUGUUAUCAGUUACAGAAGAAAUAAAAACUUAAAGGACCUUCUGGUGAAGAGUGACCCAGAAAUUUGUUACCGUAAACCGAGGAGUAUUUUGAAGAAAGGUUGCUAUAAAUGCAGUGGAUGUGUGACAUGUAGUCACAUGGUCAGUGGCACGACCUUUGCUCAUCCCCACAGCGGUCAGAGAAUUAAAAUAUCUCAUUAUAUCACUUGUACUACUGACCAUGCGAUAUACAUGAUCACAUGUCCCUGCAGACUUUCGUACGUUGGUAAAACCGACUUGACGUUGAGAGACCGCAUAAGGGGACAUCGGUCGACCAUAACAACAGCAUUUAGAGAUCAGUAUAGCGAUAAGCCAAACAUUUCCUACAUAUGCAACAUAGACUUCCUUUGUUACGUUUCACGGCUAUUGAUCAUGUCCCCCCAAUGUCCAGAGGGGGUGACAGAUCAAAGAAAUUACUUCAACUUGAGGCACAAUGGAUCCAUCGGCUGGACACAGUGACACCAAGAGGACUCAACGAAAAUAUCGUGCUCUCUAUGUUUCUUUAGUAAUAAUGUUCUUUGAAUAAUCGUAUGGUUUCCUUUUUCUCUAAGUAUAUUUGUGAUCCUUAUUGGUUUUUGGAGCCUUUAUUCUAAUGGCUUUAUUUCCUUUUUAUUUAGCCUGCUAGUUUUUUGAUGCUAUAGACUGCUUCAGCUAAAUGCCUUCUAAACUUGACAUGGUUGGUGAAAUGUUUUUAACAUAACAUUUUCUAUCUUUGAUCACUUCUUUAGAUAUAUGGUGACACUUUACACAGUAUAUUUGAUCUUAUGAUCUUUGCUCACUUUCUUAUAUUAGGCUGCAUUUUUGCGGAUUUAUGCACUUUGCACUUUAAUUAGAUUUUAUAUACAUACCAAUAGAUUGAUAUUAGACAUUUCACUUGCACAUCUAUGAGAUAUUUACCGAUCUUAUUAUUAAUUGCUUUCCCAUCGGUAUCUUAGCAACACCACAUGAUCACUUAUGCAUGGAUCAUGUGAUCGCGGGUUCUAUUUCCGGUUUCACUUCCGGGUGUGCACGGAGGGAUUCAGGGGGUUCUUCACAGAUUGGUGAGUACUUCUUUUUAUGUCCUAUAUAAAUGGCUUGUAAGCACAGGUACAUUGACCUUGAGAAAGACCCGAAUGGGUCGAAACGUCGGCAAACUUUGAUGUUAUACCUGCUGGAAUAAAUUAAUUAUUUUUUCAAGUCCUGAGAGUGCAUCUCUUUAUCCUCUAUAUAUUUUGUCUACAUGGGAUUGCACCCAGGCGAUAUUGAGCUACACAUUUGAAAGGGUGAGUGCCAAGAAAAACAUUGUUUUAUAUAUAUAUAUAUAUAUAUAUAUAUAUAUAUAUUUUACAACACCGGUGAUAGCUCUUUCUUGUUUACACUUAUCAGUUUCCGAUAUAUGGAAGUUAAAAUGGCUAAUGAUUUUACUGUUUGACACAAACAAGCAUAGAACAUUUUCAAUGCUAAAAUAAUUCAGAUGGGUUACAGAAAACCUAGAUCCAUGUGUAUAUGAAGAGGGAUCUAUCUUUCUGAUUACAGUGUUUUACCAGUAUAUGUUUAUGGUAUCAUAGGGAGGUAUAACAGAUGUAAUCUUCCCUGUUUGAUACCGCAAUCUUACUGUGAUUGCAGUGUUCUCUUAUUCCUUGCAAUCUUACAAGAACACAUUGCCCACUGGUAUGACAGGAUAAUACACAGCAUUAUUUCUUUAACAGAAUUUCCUCAACAAGAGGAAGUGUCACUGGCAAUUAUUUACUAGCCUUUGAUUAGUAAUGUGGCUGUCAUUUAGCUUAGGGAACACUAUCAGUAUACAGCAAUCUUCACUCCCUCUGCUAGAAUCUGCCUUGAGGUUAUAAAUAUUAACACCAGAUUGUGGUUUUGUUGUUUGUUUUUUGUGUGUUUAUUUUUUUUACAUUUUGUUCCUGACUAAGUCUUAUUUAAACAUGUUCACGUUUGUACUUCUGAACCAUUAAGAAAAGUGACAUAUCUAGCAACAAUCUUUUGCCUUUGGAUCUAUAGCUUGUAGUUUGAAUUUAGUUAUUUCUCUUCGUCUUGAGGUACAUAUCAUAACAAGAUACAGUGAGGAAUGUAUAGUAAAGCCGCUCGGUCACCCUUUUUUUUUUUUUCUUGUUUUUGUGGUGCUCUGCUGUGCCCCUCUGGGUAACCUAACUUUAUUUUUUUCUCUCCUGGAAUUACAUUGCUUUAGAAAGUUAAUACAUAAGGAAGAGUAGGGACUAUGCUUCCUUAUUUAGAAACUGCGGGCUGACACAAGCUGGAGCUUUAAUCCAAAAACCUAAUAUACAGGGAUAUAAUUUCUAAUUAGUGGGGUAAUAGCUGCUUGAUCCAAGGAGAUAUCUGACUGCCAUUUUGGGGUCAAGAAGAAAUUGUUUUCCUAGUUUGUUGCAAAAUUGGCAGUGCUUCAAACUGUGUUUUUGCCGCCUUUUGGACCAACGGCAAAAACAUAUGAGGAAGGCUGAACUUGAUGGACGCAAGUCUCUUUUCAGCUAUGUAACUAUGUAAGGUCAAUGUCAUUUGUCAUCUUUGUCAUUGGUUGCCACUUCUUACGCACCUCCUUUCAGCAAUGACUCUUGCAAGAUCCCGAUGAACUGGGCAUGCGCGCAUGUACAAGGGAAGGGAAAGAUACUUCUGGGGAGCGCCAUGGUGGAUUUACCAAGAUGGUGGCGCUGUGAAUGAAAACCUGACCGGUAAGAAAUGGAAUUCUCGGUGACCGCUUGGCCGUUGCUUUAAAAAAGUUAAAAGGAGAAUUUAUGGGAGGAUUUGUUUUGUUAAAAAUGUGGAACAUGAAGAGAUAAUCUUUGGAAAGGUUAGAUCCUAAGCUGUUGCAGAAUGAAAACUCCCUUGAUGCUUUGGAAGCUCCCAACCAAGGGCCACUUAAGUGUCAGUCCGCGAGGAAUCAAAUAAUUGAUUGACAGUGUUUCUUUAAGGCUUGUAUAACACCAUGGAAGUUGUAGUUCAAGAGAUCUGCCUGUGGCCUGCUCUGCCAUUUUAUUAAAAAAAUAAAUAUUCAGUCUUUGUUAAAUGCAUUAUAUUGAGGUAGUAAUUUGAAACCGCUUCACUACUACCAGUCUUUAGGUCCUCAUUAUCUAUUUUCCUGCUAAGAAUAUGUGAAAGCAACGUGUCAUAUAGACUCCCCUUUAGAAUGAACUAAAGCAUAGUCUAGAAUUAGACUCCUGUUCAGGAGGCUUAAGUUGAGUUUCAGUUGAGUUUAGUCCUCUUACCUAGGCCAUUAGAAUAUCAGCCAGGUUCCUUCAAAAUUCAGGAAAAAUGCUUGUUCGCCCUCUCUUGUCCAAGAAUAUAACUAGUGUUUAUGGCAACAGAGUUGAAGAGUCGUGAAGCUGAUUUGUAAAUUGUAUGGUCUGUUGACUAAAUGUCGAGUUUUUGGUGAACUGACAACCAGCCCUCAAAAAAUAGACUUAAAUUAGCAUUGGAGAACAAAAUACUAAAUUCUGUGAAUUAAGAAUUUACCUUUUUCUUGUUUUGCAUAUAAAUCAGUGGCCUCACCACAGCUGGUUACAUCAGUGUCCUUGUUAAUUAUCUCAUAAUUUUAAGGAAUAAAAUAAUAAUUUGUCUUCUAUAUGCCAUUAGAGAAAUGGGAGUGGUUUCAAAUUAACAAGAUUUCCUAGAUAUCUUCCUGUCCAGACGUUUCCUGUGCUGCUUUGAAAGAACUGCAAAUAUUGAUGUAAAAUAAAACAUUUACAUUUUGCAGCAAGCAUUCUCUUUAUAUUACUAAGAUAAUCCUAUGAUAAGAUUUUCAUACUUCAUUGAUUUUUUUUUGAUUUUUUUUUUUUAGGGAAAUCAGUCUGUAAAUUUGGCAGCAAUUUUUGCAAAACAGUUUAUCAACACGAAAGCAUACUUGUGUCUUUGUUUAAUACUGUAUGAUGCUCGGAAGGAGUUGCAGUUUCAUAUAAUGAACUACUCAUGUCGGGCAUUUGAAGUAGAGUAUCUCGGGUUGAUUUGAAAACUAUUCUUUCCUUCCCCUGAUUGACAAAGAAGCCCAGUGCAGUUUUUGCAUUGGAUGUAAAGCAGUGUUUAAUUGUUGCUUUUUGUCUCCACAUGGAUUUUUAUUUAUUUACUAAACUUUUUUAGCAAAUCCCAUUGUAACAUAGGUUCAGAUAAUCAAGGAUUGUAAAAUGUGUGCGUUUGUAGUAACCAAAGAAGGAGACCCUUUUUUAGAUACUGGCCUGUGACCAUAGUUUACUGCAGUAGCCGUUGCCUGUUGCCUGUCGGUUUACCAAUUAAUACAGUGUUUGAGUUUAUGUAUUUCUGUCUGGGACAGAAAUUACACAUGAGUUAAGCAUGGGAAAUGUUUCAUUUGAAACAUGCUUAGUGACCCAUUCAAGUGUAAUAGAACACCUUGAGCUCAUCCCAGUAUAAAGGGGUUUCUGCUGCACUGGACGGCACGAAGACAGCAUUAGCAUUUAUUAACACAAAUGUAUUCUUAAAGGAGAAGUUUUAUUGUGUUUUACAAUUUAUAAUAAUCUCAUAUUGCGAAUUUCUAAUUUGUGAAACAAUUUGCAAGGCAUGUCAUAGGAGACACUGGAUUUUCACUUGUUUUUUUUUUAAAUUUUUUUAAAUCCAGUGUUAACCAUAAAUAAAUAUCCAGUAUAAAUCACAAUAGAAGCUGAAUUGUUUUUCCCACCGAAAAUGCUGUAUAACUUUAAAAAAAAAAUAUGCUGUAUGUAUGUAGAAUCCACCAUCUCCCCCCCUCCCCCCCUUUUUUUUUUUCUCUCUGAAAAUAUUAUUUAAUGGAACUAGGGAUCAACCAAUAUCAUUUUUCCAAAGACAAUACAGAUUAUCAUUAGCCUUUUGAGCCGAUUGCUGAUAACUACUGCCAAUAUCAUGUGUAGUUAAAGUUUUACAGCACAAUUUUUACACGUAUCUGGGCUGAUACCAAUUAUUGUAAAAUUAUAAAUAUCAGCUCUAAUUUUCAUCACAGCAGAUAAUCAGUCUUUCUCUAAAAUGAACAUGCCAAACAUCUAUAGCACUUGAGCUUGGGAGGGUUGCAAAGGCUGCAGACACAAUCUGCUUAAUGUCAACCUGAUUUUAGAUAUCCCCUCAAUGAAAAGCAUAAUUAAUUGCAUGUUUAUUUUCAUUGGGAAAUAUUUAAAUGACCACUAUAGGCACCCAGACCACUUCAGCUCAAUGAAGUGGCCUGGGUGCCAGGUACCUCAGGUAUUAACCCUUCAGAUGUAAACAUAGCAGUUUCAUAGAAACUGCUAUGUUUACAUAGGGUUAAUCCAGCCUCUAGUGGCUGUCUUCCAACAGCCACUAGAGGUGCAUCUGCGAUGCUGGAUGCAGAAAUACUUUCCUAUGGACUUUUUAAAUGCGUGUGCGGCACUUGCUUCACUCGGGAGCUGACGUCGGCUGGGGAGGAGAGGUCACCGGCGCUGGAUUAAGGUAAGAUGCUGAAGGGGUUUUAACCCCUUCAGCACCACGGGAGGUUUUCCUGUCACUAUAGUGAUCCUUUAAUAGCAAGUUUUUUUUAAUUUUUUUUUUAUUUGGUCUCUUUAAACAUCCAUAAUGGUAACAUGAAUUUAAGCAAUUAGAGGGAAUGGUGUCAUAUAAAAUAAAUAUAUGGAGUUAUUUCAUAUGACUGUUAUCGAGAUCUAAAAUGGCAAUAUCUUUUUACUCAAUACCUAAGCGGGAAAAAAAUAAUCCAUUGACGUUUCCCUUACCCUUCUCUUAGCUGUAAUACAAGGCUAUAUGUUAAGACAUUUGACACAUCUGGAGAGCCGUGGUUCAUAAAAAUAAAAAAAACUGUUGAUUUAACAUUUUGAAUAAUCUAAGUAAGAUGUGUUGUCCAGUUGUGACAAUUACUAUUAAAGUGCUCACGUGGAGAGACUGCAUCUCUAGCUGUGAAAAAACAACAUAGUUUAAGCCUAAGUUGGCAGUGGGAGACCUUCUAACCGGUUUCUAAUUGGUUUUCUUAGUGUUCUGGUGCACAUCACGCCUCUAAAUAUGACAAAGUAAUGUGUAUGUUACAAACCAAAUGUGGUGUGAGAUAUUUCACCCUUUCUGCAAACAGCACAUGCUGAGUUAUACAGCCUCAAACUGUGUAACCACUUAAGUCUGCUAAGAUGUCAGUGAUCACACACUGCCAAUUAAAUCCUCAGUUUACAUGUUAAAUUGCACUUUGGCUCUUUUAAUAUUACCACAUGCAUUGCAGAGCUAUUCCCAAACGUGUCUAGUAGUACUACAGCGUCAAUGUUACAUUUUCAACUUAAAAAUGUUUGAUCUAGUUUUAUAUAAUGUAAUAGAACGCUAAAGAUGCAGUUACAUGAUUUCUACAUUAACUUUCUUUACACCAUUUAUUUUAAUAGUAAUAGUCUUAUUACUAAUAUUACUAAUAUUCUUUUAAAAUAGUCAAACAUUUACCUGGAACCAGGUGUCAAGCCUCUUUCAGAUCUUGGUUCAAUCAAAUGCUUCUCAUAUUGCAGCAGUGAUGGACCUUCAGCGCGUGUGCAGAUUCUUCACAUAGAGAAGCAUUGAAUCCAGUGCUUUUCCAUUUGUAGAAAUGAAUCUAGGCAGUGUCAAUUUGCAAAAGGCUGGACCAGUUUUAUAGAACGUAGAAAGGUGGAAUUAUGCAGGUAAGGAGACAAAGCUAAGUAAAGAUUGGUGUGAAAGAGCUGUCACUAGAGGGGAUAAGGGGGAGAAGUUGCAUUGAGGCACACAAUCCGAACGUCUACUUGCAGACCCACUCACAGCGCUGCCUGCAAGGUAAAAAAAAAAAAAAGAUUCUGUCUGUUGCUAUCGUGCAGAGUGGGCCAACGACAGGUGUACUUUUUGCACAGAACUAACUCUGCUUCAGAUUGCCUAGCGUUCGUUCUCUGCAUGAUGGCAACAGACAGAAUCUUUUUAUUUAUUUUAUUUACCUUGCAGGCAGCACUGUGAGUGGGUCUGCAAGUAAGUAAAAUGCGCAUGGGGUGUGUGGCGGCACGAAUAUUUAGUUUAUUGCUAUGUUAUGUUUUGAGUAUAUGCCCACUACUUGCUGUUAUUUCAUUCUGUCAUCCUGAGUUGCUAGCUGAUUUUGCUGUAAUAAUCGAAUUUUUAAAGGGCAGUCUUUCAACUUAAAGGAUCACUAUAGGGUCAGAAACACAAACAUGUAAAAAUCCACCAUUUAUAUGGCUUGCCUCUCCCUAGCCCCCUCAGAAUGAGUUAAAACGUACCUUAUUUUCAUCUCUCCACGGGUUUGCCGGCGCUGGCCCCGCCCCCUUGGUGACAUUAUUACAAUUGCAGAUUUUUAGCUAAUCCAAUGCUUUCCCAUGGUUAAAAUCGGCAUGGGGGCGGGGCCAAUCGUCGUUUUGGCCAAUCAGCACCUCCUCAUAGAGAUGCAUUGAAUCAAUGCAUCUCUAUGAGGAAAAUUCAAUGUCUCCAUGCAGAGCGUGGGGACUCUGAACGACAGGGCUGCUCACUGUGCAGGCCUGAGCCAGGAAGCCUCUCCAGUGGCCUUCUAAUGAGUGGCCACUUGGAGGUGUUCCUAGGGGCAAGGCAAACACUGCCUUUUCAUGAAAAUGCCUGACUGGAGCUAUUAUACUCACCAGAACAACCACAUUAAGCUGUAGUUGUUCUGGUGACUAUAGUGUCCCUUUAAGUCAUUUUGGGCCAGAGAUGCAGCCCACAUAUGAAUAUAGAGCCAUUUCUUCACUGUUUAUAUUUUGCAGUUUCUGCACUUACUGUCAGGCAGACAGCCAGUAGAGGUGUUCUGGCACAAAUAGAUUCAGUUAGUGAAACACUUUUAUGUCCAGCGUCCGCAUGCAAAGUAUGUUGACCAUGAACGAUGUGCGCCACCAGUGCUUCUCAUUGAGAAUCAUUAGAUUUAAUGUUUCUCUAGGAGAAGCAUUGGAUUGGUGGACCAUGGCAGUUGGAGCGCAUGCACCAUGUGUUUUAGGUGCUUUUCUAUGAGAAGUAUCUGAUUGGACAAAAGUCAUCAGGAUUGAUGGCGUCAUUGGAACAGGAUUGGGCUGACUAUCUAGGAGCAGGAAUAAAGUUAGCCCCGAAGGAAGUGCUGAAGUAGGAGCAAAACACAUCAGAUUAAUUUACUUCUGCUUGAUGCCCAAGUUGUGAUGUGAUUACUAGAAUGAAGGUUCCCCAUAUUUUUUCAUGUUGAUCGAGAUGUUAUUUCUUUCUUCAGGAAUCUAGCAUUUUCAUUCUCCUUUUAUAAAGCGGCACUGUCACAAUCUGGGUACUUUGCAUCAUUUGCAAAGACUCCUGAUGGUGCAUUGCCACUGGGUGGCCGGUUCCUGAGUGGAGGGAACAAACACAGGUGAGUUUAAUGUAACUAAACCUGUCCUUUGUGUGUGCUACCAUCUUCUUUCGGCCGGGAAGCACCAGGUACAGAGGUCACAUUUGUACUCUGACACAUAUGCAGAGGGACAGAGCACUGAACAAUGGAAUUAAAAAUUCUACUGGUUUAUCCAAAUUGCACUUGUUGUGUGCGCGUGCAUUUAGGUUUAUAAAGUAUGGAAGCUCUGUAUGGCAGGAUGGGGCCGAUGUACAGUUUUAUAGUAGACUUGUUGGUACAACAGAUUGUAUAUAUGAGGGUGUGGGACUGAUCUAGAGCCUUAAAAGAAUGAUAUAUUGCCAUUUGCUUUCAAUCUAGGUUUUUGGCAUGUGAAAUCUAAAGCAGAAUAUGUUCCACCUAUGUGUGUGUGUGUAUAUGUGUGUGUGUGUGUGUGUGUAUAUGUAUAUAUAUAUAUAUAUAUAAUUUUGUCAUUUCUGCUUGAUGCUGAACAAAACAGGAAAAAAGAGAGCUGGGUACUGCUACUUUAUAGUUCCAUUAUUACAUAUAUAAGAAAUGCAGUUUAUAUUUAGAACAUUCAUGGGGGUUGUUCAUUGUAUUGACUGGGAAUUAACUACACAGCCCUAUGACUCUUUCUUUCAUUGAGCUCACAAAAGCAGAACAUCUUUAUAUACAGAGCAGUACCUCUUUACUCAGCCUUACUUGCCCUACUAGAACAAUGGUGUCUCUGUGGCCAGACAAAGCAUUUCUGAGAAAGCUCAGGAGAAUUGUACAAGGAAAUCCCUAUAUGUUAAAUGGAUGGACAGCAGACAGGAUACAUGCAGCCGCUGUUAUAUUGCUUCCCCUGUGCUUUGCAACAGCCAAGAUGUUCAGCAUGGCUACUUUGUGCAUGAAAUUAAGUUUUUAUUACAAAAACCCCAAUAUGUGCAUAAAAAUAAUAAUAGAAAGGGGAUUACACUUUCCUGUUACAGGGACAUAUACUGAAUAAUUGAUGAAUGAAAAAAGACACACUCCACUCCAAAUUCAAAAUACAUUUAAAAAAUAAAUAAAAAAAAAUCGAUAUUUAGUAUAUACUGCCAAUUAAAACUUUCAUGCAUUUAAUAAUGUUCAUUUUGUUUAUUUGUAUAUUAAAACAGCUUGAAAAAGUUACAGAUCUCUUGUCUGCGUUGUCUGCAGCCUUUGUAAUCCCUCCCCUUCCUGCCCAGACCUUAUGUGGCUGUCCAUUCAGUGCAGCCCAAUGAGAAGUCAGGGCAAGUCAGGUGCUCGGAGCAAUUGCAUCCUUCAUGAUUUUAGUUCCACUGAGCUAAACUAUCAGGAAGAGUAACGGGACCAGUUGUCUGACAGCCAAAGGGUGUAACAAGUUUAACCCCUUAAGGACCAGAGUUUUUGCGAUGUUGUACGUUAAGGACCAGAGCGGUUUUAACACUUUUGUGGUGUUUGUGUUUAGCUGUAAUUUUCUGCUCUCUCAUUUACGGUUCCCACACAAAUUAUAUAUUGUUUUUUUUCAGGACAAGAAGGACUUUCUUUACAUACCAUUAUUUGUAUCAUGUCAUAUAUUUUUUGCUUUAAUAAAAUAUGGUGAAAAAUUGAAAGAAAAACAAACAAACAUGUUUUUGGACUUGUACUUGAAAAAUCUUUUAAUUAUCUACAAAAGCUAAUGAAAAGACCUGCUAAAUAGAUUCAAAAUUUUGUCCUAAGUUUAAAAGCACCCAGUGUUUACAUGUUUUUUUGCUUUUCUUUUGCCAGUCAGAGGGCUAUAAGUACAAGUAGGAAAUUGCUCUUUCAUUAUAUAUAUUUUUUACAUUUAUCAAUAGUGACAUUGUAACACUGUUAUCGGUUAUAAAUCCCCGAAUCACACCCCCACAUGUACAUAUUUUUUUAAAGUAGACAACCCAGGGUAUUUAAUAUGGGGUAUGUUCAGCCUUUUUUAGUAGCCACUUAGUCACAAACACUGGCCAAAGUUAGCAUUUAUAUUUGUUUGUGUGUUAAAAAUGCAAAAAACGCUAACUUUGGCCAGUGUUUGUGACUAAGUGGCUACUAAAAAAGGCUGAACAUACCCCACUUGCAAUACCUUGGGUUGUCUUCUUGCAAAUGGUAUGCCAUCAUGGGGGUAAUUCUCAUUCCUGGGCUACCAUACGCUCUCAAAGGCAACAUUACCAAUCUGAUAAAUUUCAAUGAAAAAAAUUAAGCAUUAUAUUUGACCCUGUAACUUUCAAAAGCACUAUAAAACCUCUACAUGUGGGGUACGGUUAUACUCAGGAGACUUCGCUGAACACAAAUAAUAGUGUUUCAGAACAGUAAAACCUAUCACAGCAAUAAUAUCAUCAGUGAAAGUGCCGUUUGUGUGUGAAAAAUGCAAAAAAGUCACUUUCACUGACCAUAUCAUCGCUGUGCUAUGUUUUUACUGCUUUGAAAGACUAAUUUUUGUGUUCAGCGAAGUCUCCCGAGUAAAACAGUACCCUCCAUGUACAGGUUUUAGGGUGUCAUAGAAAGUUACAGGGUUAAACAUAGUGCUAGCAAAUUAAAUUCUCUGGACUUUCGGCCUGGGUUCUCAGGCUUGUCCCUCAAAUUGCAAUCAAUAAAAUUACUUAAUUAUGGAAUAUUACAUAAAUAUGCACGUAGAAUUUAAAUAUAUAUACAUAUUUAUAUAUUUGAAGUCUAUGUGUAUAUUUAUGUAAUUAUGUAUAUGGACAUGUGUAUUUCGUAUUUUUUUUAUUUUUUUUUAUAUACAUAGAUAUAUAUAAUUUCUUUCUAAGUGUAUUUUGAUAUAAAUAUAUGUUAAUAUCAAAAUUACGUUAGAAAAAAUUACACACACAUAUAUAUUUAAUAUUAUUAAAAAUUAUUUUUACAUUUUGUAAUUUAUUUUUAUAUACGUAUUAUAUAUAUUUUAUAAUAUAUAUAAUACAAUACACAAGAUCCAGCGCACUCACCUAUCCACUAAACAGCAACUUCAAUGUUGAAAGAUUUUAUUUGUUUUUUUAAAAACACCUUAUCUAGGCAAAAAUAAUGGGGGUUUAGUUACAUUAUAUGAUCAUACAUUGCAUAAGCCUGCCACAACGUCAAUAAGAAACUUGCCAUUCCUGAUUUCGUGCUUGCUUUCGGUAUCUUUAGAGAUAUUCUAUGCACGGCUCAUCCCAAUAGAAGGGAGGAACUCGAUCUAUAUAUGCACAAGCUGGUGGACCUCGGUAAUAAGUAUGGUGGCUAUACUUUUUACGAUUACCACAAGUCCUUUUCAUCAAAAGUGUCCGCCACAUUGUCUCAGUACGGCAUCCAGAUGGAUUGGAGCCAACUGGACAAUGAGCUGUUCCUCAGACAUUUCGCAGGUCUUAGGACCCCAGCUUGUGCCAUAUGUACAUCUCCCGCUCACGCAGCUAAUUUCUGCCCGCUCUGUCCGGACAGCGCUCCCUGCCCAUCCUUGCAUCAUCCCACUAAGUCUGAGAAACAGACCAGAGACAAACUGGGUCGUCCAGUGGUGUAUCUAGGUAAAUCUCAGAUUUGCAAUAAUUUCAACGAAGGCUCCUGCGGCUACAGCGCCUGCCGCUUAUUACACGUAUGCUCACAUUGUUUCAGGGCACAUGCGAAAUCCAUGUGCCCUAAUAAAAUGUACCAGAAACCUUAUUUGUCUCCGGUAAACGUUCCUUUACUUGCAUAUAUGCUAUCCACUCACCCCUCUAAACACCUUGUUGAUUUUUUAUGUACGGGUCUCACCCAGGGUUUUCACACAGGGGUCAUUUACAUGCCAACUGGGGUAUUAGAGUGUCACAAUUUACAGUCUGCCGCUAACCACGGCUGUCACCACACUGUUACAACUGGAAGUGGAUCAAGGAUUUGUCAUUGGGCCUUUUGUUAACCCCCCCUUUUCCAGCUGGAGAACUAACCCUAUCGGGCUGGUUUCCAGCAAAAAUUCUGAGAAAUUAAGACUUAUCAUUGACUUAUCCGCACCCCACUCCUCUGCCAUCCCCAGCCUAAACUCAUUGAUUCCAUCUGAGGAAUUUUCCCUACAAUACUCCACUAUUGACGACGCUACUGCAGCUAUCAGAUCUGCAGGGUGGGGGGCUUGGCUCAGCAAGACUGAUAUUGUGAAUGCUUUUAAAUUAUUACCUAUACACCCCUCUCUGUGGCACCUGCAUGGCGUCAAGUGGCAAGACUCCUACUACUUUUUUACAAAGCUCACUUUCGGUGCCAAAAGUAGUCCCAGGAUUUUUGACACAUUUGCAGAAGUUUUGUGUUGUCUUCUCCCCAAUACCUGCAGGUGCCCAAAUGUGAUACACUACUUAGAUGAUUUUCUUUUCAUCGAAUCCAAUUCCACCCCCCCACGUAGCCUAGACAAAGCAACCAAACUAUUCACAUCCCUUGGUGUUCCCGUGUCACCCACUAACUCUGAAGGACCAGAUACAUUGAUUAACUUUCUGGGUAUCCUGCUGGAUUCAUCAACUAUGAUGGCCAGCCUCCCUAGAGGUAAGGUAGUUCACAUCCUACACGAUAUUAGCCACUACAUGCACAGGGGAUCCUGCAAUCGUAAAGAACUACAAUCACUUCUGGGUUCACUAAAUUUCGCCAUGCGCAUAAUCCCCCAGGGCAGGGCUUUCAUUUCUAGGCUCCUCGCCCCUGUUCCCCACUUUCGCCAACGACCAUGUCCGCAUAUCCUUAGACUGUCCUGCGACCGCUGACCUCCAGAUGUGGCACAAAUUCCUCUCGGAAUGGAAUGGGAGGAGCAUGUUCCUCCCGCAGUUUGAUUCACAGUCACCGGUCAUUUGGACAGACGCAGCGUCAUCAGCAGGAUAUGCGGCCAUCUUCAGCACAGAAUGGAUCUGGGGGACCUGGCCGGCAGAAACACAGGGCAUUGAGGGUUUUCACACUAACUCAGCCCUAUUUGAAAUAUACCCUAUAGUUGCUGCAGCCGUCACUUGGUGUAGGUUGUGGAAAGGCCAGUCUGUACGCUGCUUUUCCGACAACCUGGCAAUAUGCCACACUAUCAACAAAGGUCGCUCUUCCUCCUUGACGAAUAUGAGUUUCCUUAGGAAACUGACUUGGCUGGCAGCUACCCAUCAGUUCCACAUUGUAUGCUCUCACGUUCCUGGCAUCUACAACACGGCAGCUGACCAACUCUCUUUCAGUUUCAGGCUUUCAAACUGUCCUCGGCAGCUCGUGUAGCAACCCCAGCGCCAACUUUCCAAGAACUUGUCAUGGAGUAGACGAAUUACUUCAGCACAGUAAAGUUCUUACCAAGUUAGCCUUAUCCACCAGCACCCAACACGCGUAUCACAUAGCUUUUCACUUGUACAAACAAUUCAUGUCUGACCGUCACCUAGCCAACUGGUUUGAGGUUUCUUCACUGAUAGCUUUUGCAUCUUUUUGCCACCUUAAAUUUAAGUUUUCACAUAAUACUAUUAAGCUAUACCUCACGGGCAUACAACACCAUAUGUAUUGCUCCUUCCCUAACCACAAAGGGUUCUUAACUUCUUACCCCAUCCGAACACUACUAAAAGGCAUAGCCAAAGCAGACGGCCCUGCAACUCCCAAGAGACUUGCCAUUGACAUUAAACUGUUCAAAUCCUUGUCCGACCUUCUUGACCAGGCUCCAUUUGAACCCCAUACGAAUGCGGUCAUUAAAACUGCUAUUUAUCUAGCGUUCUAUGGGUUUCUUAGACCAAGAGAAUUCACCAUUAGUGGCCAGCACCAUAGCCAAGGGUGGCUCCUCACCUCCUACCUCAGGAAACACACCGACUACUACGUUCUGACCCUACCUAAGACCAAAACAAGUCAGAUGGGGGAACCUGUGCACAUAACUUACUACCCCACAGGAAACAAGUGGUGUCCGGUGCAAGUACUAGACGCUUUCCUAGCUACAACGCCAACACGCACCACAAAACCACUACUAAAGCUACACAACGCAAUUCUAACCACAGCAAAAUUCAUGCUGCAUGUCCCUAUGCUCAUCACCCGACUUGGUCUCAACCCUAGCAACUACUCGGGGCACUCCUUCAGAAUUGGAGCGGCCUCCACGGCAUCUAGCCAAGACAUCCCAGCACACGUAAUUAAGACUCUGGGUCGCUGGAAGUCUUCGGCUUACACCACUUACAUUCCUAACCCAGUCCAAGAGAUUAGGAGGGCUUUCAUUAAAAUGUCUAUUUAAAUAUGUAAUGAUGUAUUAUGUUUUCCGAUUAAAUGUUAUCUUUGAUUUAUCUUUUUUGCCCACUUUAUUUACCGGCCUACAGCAUACAUCGGUUUCGGCACACCUCAACCGACUAUUUCCUUGUUAUGUUAUUUUCUCUCCACCAGUGUAUUUCAUGUACAAUGAGAAUGCCCCGAACACAAAUAUGUGUGUGUGUGUGUGUGUGUGUGUGUGUAUAUAUCUAUCUCUAUUUAUCUCUAUCUAUCUCUCUCUCUCUCUCUCUCUCUCUCUCUCUCUCUCUCUCUCGAUAUCUCUAUCUCUAUCGAGAUAGAUAUCUCUAUCUCUAUCGAGAUAGAUAUCUCUAUCUCUAUCGAGAUAGAUAUCUCUAUCUCUAUCGAGAUAGAUAUCUCUAUAGAUAUCUCUAUCGAUAUCUCUAUCUCUAUCGAGAUAGAUAUCUCUAUCUCUAUCGAGAUAGAUAUCUCUAUCGAUAUCUCUAUCUCUAUCGAGAUAGAUAUCUCUAUCUCUAUCUCUAUCGAGAUAGAUAUCUCUAUCUCUAUCGAGAUAGAUAUCUCUAUCUCUAUAGAUAUCUCUAUCGAUAUCUCUAUCUCUAUCGAGAUAGAUAUCUCUAUCGAUAUCUCUAUCUCUAUCGAGAUAGAUAUCUCUAUCGAUAUCUCUAUCUCUAUCGAGAUAGAUAUCUCUAUCGAUAUCUCUAUCGAGAUAGAUAUCGAUAUCUCUAUCUCUAUCGAGAUAGAUAUCGAUAUCUCUAUCUCUAUCGAGAUAGAUAUCUCUAUCGAGAUAGAUAUCUCUAUCGAGAUAGAUAUCUCUAUCGAGAUAGAUAUCUCUAUCUCUAUCUCUAUCGAGAUAGAUAUCUCUAUCUCUAUCGAGAUAGAUAUCUCUAUCUCUAUCUCUAUCGAGAUAGAUAUCUCUAUCUCUAUCUCUAUCGAGAUAGAUAUCUCUAUCUCUAUCUCUAUCGAGAUAGAUAUCUCUAUCUCUAUCGAGAUAGAUAUCUCUAUCUCUAUCGAGAUAGAUAUCUCUAUCUCUAUCUCUAUCGAGAUAGAUAUCGAUAUCUCUAUCUCUAUCGAGAUAGAUAUCUCUAUCUCUAUCUCUAUCGAGAUAGAUAUCUCUAUCUCUAUCGAGAUAGAUAUCUCUAUCUCUAUCGAGAUAGAUAUCUCUAUCUCUAUCGAGAUAGAUAUCUCUAUCUCUAUCGAGAUAGAUAUCUCUAUCUCUAUCGAGAUAGAUAUCUCUAUCUCUAUCGAGAUAGAUAUCUCUAUCUCUAUCUCUAUCGAGAUAGAUAUCUCUAUCUCUAUCUCUAUCGAGAUAGAUAUCUCUAUCUCUAUCUCUAUCGAGAUAGAUAUCUCUAUCUCUAUCUCUAUCGAGAUAGAUAUCUAUAUUUUUUUUAACUUUAUUUUAUGAUUUUCCAUUUGCAGGGAGACUGCCUCUCAGCACACAGUCCCCCUGCAGGCAGAUACACAGGCACCUAUUGCGGUCAUGUGAUCGAGCGGUCCUGAUCUGCCGCGGGGAGACUGUCUGGGCAGAUACAGUCCCCCUGGACCGGGAGGAGCGCUGAUCGCCAUCAUCGGUGCUCAAGGGGAUGUUUCCGAUGACGGUCCUGAACCGUCAUAGGUCGUCAAGGGGUUAAUUUAUAAAAAGUGCAAAUGUCAGUUAAAAUCUGCACUAAGAUAAAAAAAACAGGAGAGAGUGGGAGUGUUCCUUUAACUUAGAAUAAUGGUUUGUUUUUGUUACAUUUAAGUUGCCAAAUGAAGCAUACAUGAUCAUCAUACCUUUUAUAUUCUUUCUUAUUCUCUUCUUUCAACCAGGCUCAGAGUAAAGAAACUGGUAUUUUAGCAGCGGCAAAAGUUAUCGAUACAAAAUCUGAAGAUGAGCUUGAAGAUUACAUGGUUGAAAUCGAUAUUUUAGCCUCAUGUGACCAUCCACAUAUUGUCAAACUUUUAGAUGCAUUUUACUAUGAAAACAACCUCUGGGUAUGUAUUAUUUCAUUGGGAUGAUAGAAUUUAAAUAAUGAGUUUAUACACUGUGUUCUAAUGUGUCAAUAAUGUUCAGUACUCUCAUGUAUGCUUAGCAGCACUUUAAUUUAGAACAAUAUUGAAAUCCUAAAUAAAGGAUACUCUGUAACCACUUUAUCCACAAAUAGCCUGUUUAAUCAACACUAACCCUGACAGAACAAAUGAUCAACUUUUGUACAAUGAUGUGUGCUUUAAUGAAACACUUUUGACGCCCAGUGUUAUUUAUAUGAGGCAGUCUCUGGCAAUUUCCUGAAGGAGAGGAGCACAGAGGACAAUCUCCUUCUUCUCAGCUUUGGUGUUAAAUAGAGAUGUCGCGAACCGUUCGCGAACUUCCCGCGAAUGGCUCGCCGCGAACCGUUCGCGGCGAGCUCGGGUCAGCUGACACAUUCCGGCCAAUCUCCAGCAGACCCUCCCUCCCAGACCCUCCCACCUCCUGGACAGCAUCCAUGUUGAAGCUGCCUUCAACAUGGAUGCUGUCCAGGAGGUGGGAGGGUCUGGGAAGGAGGGUCUGCUGGAGAUUGGCCGGGAUGUGUCAGCUGACCGGAGCCGUUCGCGGCGAGGCGUUCGCGGGAAGUUCGCGAACGGUUCACGACAUCACUAGUGUUAAACUGUUCAUAAUUGGUUUAACCCCCUUAAGGUAAUUGCCCAGAACCUCUUGACAGACUGUAACUUUAAGGAACACUAUAGGGUCAGGAAUACAAACCUGUAUUUCUGACCCUUUAGUGUUAAAACCACCAUCUAGCCCCCUGACCACUUCUUGCCUCCCUAAAUAUAGUAAAAUCUUACUUGUAUUCAAGUCUGCAGCUGCUGCCUAUGCCCCUGUCUGCCUCUGGCCUGCCUGCUGUUUGCUGACAUCAUCUGAAGUAGUGGUCUGAGCCAAUCACAAUGCUUCCCUAUAGGAUUGGCUGAAUCAAGGUGGCAGAUCAGGGGCAGAGAUAAAAUUCAUAGGGCAACACUAUAUGAUCAAAAUGUGGCCCCUUUGUGUUAAUAUUGCACUCACAAAAAGUCAGGGAGCCCAUCAAGGUUUCUUUAAAUGCUCAGCUACAGGCAUCCUCAGUGUCCCAGGGUACAUGUCAAAAGGAAAAAACUGGACAUAGUAUAGUAAUGUUGGAAAUAUAAAUAAACACUUUAAUUGAAUACACUUACAAAAAGUGAAAGGUAAAAAUGCCCAUCAGUUAGUCUCUGUGUCCCUCUGUAUCAGCUGAAUGGGAGACCAGACUAAGCAAUGGUAUGCAGCUCUACGCGUUUCGUCUUAGUAUUUUUCCAACUUUAUUUAUAUUUCCAACAUUACUAUACUAUGUCCUGUUUUUUCCUUUUGACAUGUACCCUGGGACACUGAGGAUGCCUGUAGCUGAGCAUUUAAAGAAACCUUGAUGGGCUCAUAAUACUGACUUUUUGUGAGUGCAAUAUUAACACAAAGGGGCCACAUUUUGAUCAUAUAGUGUUGCCCUAUGAAUUUUAUCUCUGCUUUUAUUCUUUAGGUGUAUUUUAUAUUUGCAUUUUGAGGACGUUUGAGGAAUCCUCUUGUUACAGCCUGAUAUAUAAAGGAAGUAAUUACCUUUUAUUGUGUGUGUGUGUGUGUGUGUGUGUGUGUGUGUGUAUAUAUAUAUAUAUAUAUAUGUAUGUAUGUAUAUAAUAUUGUUUGCUAGAUCAGGGGCAGAGCCAGCACAAGUCAAACACAGUCCUGGCCAAUCAUCAUAUCGUCCUAGAGAUGAAUUGAAUCAAUGCAUCUCUAUGAGGAAAGUUUAAUGUCUGCAUGCAGAGAGUGGAGACACUUAAUGGCAGCGUUGCACACUAGGCAGCACUGCCCCAGGAAGCACCUAUAGUAGCCAUCUGAUGAGUGGCAAGUGGAGUUAUCACUAAGCUGUAAUGUAAACACUGCAUUUUCUCAGAAAAGACUCACCAGAACGAAUACAGUAAGCUGUAGUUGUUCUGGUGACUAUAGUGUCCCUUUAAUGGAGAUGAAGUUAUUAUGAUGCCCGAAUUGUUCUUUUAAAUGGCAGUUUUGGUGCAUAGAUCCUGUCCCUUUUCUUGAAUAAUGUGAAAUAUUUCUGUUUUUGAUAAAGCAUGUUUACAUUUGAGUAAAAACACAUCUCUACUGGCUGUUGGUCUCGAGAGUCAGUUCCUCUUUACAUCCUUAGAUUUUAUUUUUUAAUUUUCUUUACCUUUUUUUCUUUUUGAUGGACUUCGUAUUAUUAGAAGAUGAAAAUAAUAGUCUCAAAAAGAGAAUGAGACUCAAAACUGGUUUUAAACCGAGUAAAGGAAAAUAUCAUAAUACAUAUUGUAACUCAGGAAAUCAGCACUGAGUACUGGUAGUAAAACUUGCCAAUAUCCUAAACAAGAAGAACUCUCUCCCAGUUAUCCCCUAGACCACAUAACUCGGUGCUGAAGAUGAAAAAACCCUGACGAAGGUGCAACUAAUGGACUGAAACGCGCGUCUUUCCUGUCCUCUACACAUGGUGGCACAAGGUGUUUAACUUUUUUAUUUUGUGUUUUUUUUUUUUUUUUAAUCUUAAGCACUCGUUUCCAUUUCUCAUUAGGGACAGUAUAGAACACUCUUGAAGGUGUUUGGCGUAGGAGCAAUAGGGAUUUAACUCUGGAUCUGCACUGUCCUUUUUACUGCUGUUUUUCAAGCAUUCUCUGAUGACUCUUGAGUUUUCUCUACAUUCUAUUAGGGACAGCAUAGAACACCCUCGAAGGUGUUUCACCUAGGAGCAAUAGGGCGGAUUCAGUUUUAUAUAUAUAUCCCUACUGGUAGCCUCCUCUGGCAUUUCAGAUUUAUCUGUAUUAUAGCCACUAACUCGGUCCCAGUGUUGGUGUCAGUACUUCAUUGAGUCUUUCUAUCUCCCCUAUUGACUUUGGUACGCUUAUCCAUACAAUUUUGAGUCACAAUUCGGAUCGUUCCAUACAUAGUGCCUUUUUAUUCGUUACAAUAAAGUAUUUUUUAAUUUUUCGGCAUUUUUUGGAACCCUUAUGUGAUUUAUAAUAUUGGCAAGUUUUACUACCAGUACUCAGUGCUGAUUUCCUGAGUCACAAUAUGUAUUAUGAGAUUUUCCUUUACUCUGUUUAAAACCAGUUUUGAGUCUCAUUCUCUUUUUGAGACUAUUAUUUUCAGCUUCUAAUAUUAUAUUUUGGGUACAAGCCCUUCAUUUGGUGGAUCUGGAACCACCAUACUGACCUUUGUGUGUUCAGUUCUCACAUUCCGUGAGAUUUGGACCCAUAUUUAUCCUUUUGUAUUUAAGGACUUCAUAUUAUGUGUCAUGACACAUAGCAUGAUUACACUGAACCCUCCUAAUCAUAGGCAUUGGAAUAGUGGAGAGCAGUGUUUGCUGCACUUGUGCCACCUGUCCUCAAUCCGUCUGAUUUCACGAAAGUCACCAUGUGUGCCCAGCUAUUUACACUGCAGUCUGAGGCUUGAAUCUGCGAACCACUUAUAAGCUGAGAGUGUCCGCUGACACUUUCAACCUAUCAGUAGCCCCCAAUUUACAAAACCUGCUUAAAACCUAUUUUUCCCAAGCUGAUUUUUUUUGUGAAUGGGGAGCUACUAAAAGGUUAAGAUCAGUACAGAGCAAUCAAGUGCCGAAUUUAAGGCUUUGGGGUUAAAUCAUUCAUUAACAAUUUGUCGCUAAUUGGUUUUAUUGAUGUUUAUUGUAAAGACAACUACAAAACAAAGGUAGCCAUGACGAAAGAUGCUGUGAUAUAUAUAUAUUUAUGUUUCCACCAGAUUCUUAUCGAGUUUUGUGCUGGCGGAGCUGUAGAUGCUGUCAUGUUGGGUAAGCCUGAUCCUGGUAAAAUGUCCAAAAGCAUUAAUAUCAAACUGUUAUUCAACCAAUUCUGCCAAAUGUUUGAUUUUUGUUGUUUUCGCUAAAACAUACUGGUGACCCCUUUUUUCUAAAAAUUAGAAUUCUGCAGAGCAAAUAAUAUUAAUAAAAUACCUCCAGGACGGUGUUUGUCAUUGUGCCUGAUUCCUUCCUCUUCAUCUGACUUGCCUGCCAGGAGUUGUCUCACGUUUUUUAGAUUAAUACUGUAAAGAUGAAUUAUAUUUAAUUGUUUUGGAGCUGUUACAUACUUGCUGUCCAGCAUUUCAGCAUUUCUGUUCUUAGAGUUCUGGGUCCUCUGGUCUUGCCCCACUGUUACACCAUUGGCCCUGCUUGGGGACUCUUUGCCCCUUUCCUGUGAUGCUGACCUAUUGGUAUUAAUACCAGCACAUCCGUGUCAGAACGGAUUGACAUCAGUUACUCGGUUCCUUUAUUACCCUGACCAGCGAAAGCUUAUAUUUGUUGCAGGGAUGUCUGUGACAGAGCAGGAGGUGAGCAUGUGAGAGGGUUCUCCUGCUCUGCCCUAGCUGUCAGUCCUCUGUAUAGAUAUCUUUGUUAAACACUGGUUGACAAGAUGGGAGGGAAUCAUAUAUUUGUAAAUGAAAAUCUGUGGUGUAGCAUUUAAGCUUGUACAAUGUAUAGAAUAAAGGUUCUGUUCUUUAAUCUUAAAGCAAGCUUGUGUGUGCCAUAAUUGGCACUUCAACAUUAUUAUUUUGACUUUGUGUUGCCUUCCAGACUGCGCAGGCAUAAUCUAACUCACAUUUUGAGUCUCCACUUUUGUAACUUUACCCAAAUUCAUGAACGCUAAAAAGUAUUUUUUGCAACCAAGCUCUUUUUUAUAGCCAGGUAACACGACUUGUCUUGCUACUUAGUGGAGUGUUCCCUGUACAAAGCGGUGACAUUCCAUUUCUUAACUCAAAGUGUUUUUUGUGUAUAUUUGCAGAGCUGGAAAGACCUCUUACAGAACCUCAGAUACGAGUUGUUUGUAGGCAGACUUUGGAGGCAAUGCGGUAUUUGCAUGAAAACAAGAUUAUUCAUAGAGAUCUAAAAGCAGGAAAUAUACUUCUUACGUUGGAUGGCGAUGUCAAAUUGGGUAAGCAUUCUAAUAUUAUAAUUCACUAAAUGUUUGUCAGAGCCAUCAACCACACUUAAACCUGUAAUGUCCACAGCAGAACUUCUUAAAUACAGCACAUAUGUUUAUUCUACAAACAAUAGGCUAGAUUAAAAUUAUAUAAUAAAAACAAUUGUGGAAUCCUAUAUUAGUCUUCUGCUGGCAUGAUCAGAAUGGGGGAAUUACACAAACAAAAGCAAUCAAAUGCUCAUCAGAAAAUCUGCUAAUGGAAGUGCCUGGAUUAGCAGAGAGUUGUCACUUCCUGGUUGCUGGAGAGGCUUUUCAUUUUAUGUUUCAUAAUGUACACCGUAGUAAUUACAGCUUAUGGUAAUGUGCCCAUGCAGAUAUUUUUGGCAGAUAAUUAAGAAGCGAAACUCUCUUAUCAUAAAGUUACCAGCAGAAGGGGUGGGCUGUGGAUGUCAAGGAAUCUUCAGUUUUUUGUCAAAGUGAUUAAGAGGUGUUUUUUGUUUUUUUUGUUUUUUAAAGGGAAUGUUCCCCACAGCCUCCUAGAACUGUAUCCACUGCAGUUAGUUAUACCUGUAGUAUUCGUUUAAUGCAUUUAUAAUCAUAAUAAGGUAUCAGCUUAGGCAUGUAAAUAUUUCCUUAGACAUUUAUCAAGCCGCUUUGCCUUCUUGCAACCACAUUACUAUGUGUUUUUCAGCAAAGCCAAGCGCUAUUGUUUUUUUUGCAAAAGUGUUGUUUUUAUUGAAUUUAAGCCAAUCAUUCUCAGCUAGUCUUGAAGUUGCUAUCCUUUAGAGCUCAAGUAGAUUUCCUACUCUUGGGUACUGUACUGUGUUUUUUCCAGGAGCACUCUGAGCAAUAUGCCCUCGGGUAUUUUAGGAACCAAUCAUCUUUAUUCUUUGUUUCUACUUAAGCACAAAUGUACAUGCUACAUUUUAAGCUUGUUAGUGCAUCAUUCUAAUUAUUUGCACAGUUAUAGAUAUUGAUUUAUUGCAGUCUUUCUAGAAAGUAACUUGGUCAUCCCCGUGCACAGCUCUGCAGACUGUGUAUUUGCAUUAAAAAUGUGUUUGGAGAUGUAUGUAUGUUGAUACAGAUUGGGAAAAAAAACCCCAAAAAACUUUUUAGAAUGUUCUCUAGUACUGCAUUUUUAAGAUAAUGUCAUUGCAUUUUAAACUGGUUAAUAAUUUUUUUUAAAAUUCUUUGAUCUAUCCACAGCCGAUUUUGGAGUUUCUGCAAAAAAUACUCGGACUAUACAAAGAAGAGACUCAUUUAUAGGUACACCUUACUGGUAAGGAUUUUGCUUUCUACUGGUUACACAUUUGUCUCUUAAAUGAUUUACUGUGAGGGGCUAACCUGUUACAAGCACUUCCUGCCUGUCAUUGCCAUUCAAUGUUUUAUGAAACAAAGCAGAAGUUUGUUUUUAGUGUAUAUGAGAACCCUUUGUAUCAUCAAACCUCUCAAAUACCUGACAACAAACUGGGGAGAUGGAACCGAACAACACUGCACACCCAUAACCACUAUAAUUUGCGGUAGUGGUUAUAUUGAUUAGCUCUUUAAAAUAUGACUCUGUCUUGUCUUUACAAAAAUAUAAAAUUGUCUUGUCCGUAUGUAUUUUUCACAAAUAGCAUCAGUUGUCACAUUGUCGUCUGUUUUAUGUUUUAAUGUUUACUCUUCUAAACACAGGGUGAUGUUUGCUUUUCCUGUGUAGCUAAAUGACUAAAGAUGUCACAGAAACAUGGCUGAAUGUGCAAAGGAGAGGUCUCUGAAUGAGUGCGUGGUCAUAAUGUAGAAUCAACUAUAAAUCCUGUAUUGGAUGAUUUUUGUAUGCCAUAAAGAAAUGUACAUAAACUUAAUGUCAUUUCAUUGCAUCCCUGGUACUUUGUUAGAGCAAUUUCUUGUGCCUGAGUGGAAUUCAUUUAGUAACAUGUUAAAACUUCGGUAAAGGGGUAUAGCAGAGUUUAAACCAGUCUGCAAGUAUCUAAUGAACAGAGCAGAUGAAUAAAAUGUGUGUAAAAAAAAUAAAAUUGUUUUUAAAAAGUCAAUUUAAAUGUCACCUUCACAUGCUCUUUCGAGUAUGGUGACCACUACUAGAAUUUGUCACAAGUAAACAAUUUAUUUUACAGACUUCUAGGUUUCAUGUUAUUGCUAUUUGGUUAAAUUAAUGUUUAUUCUCCCUAGGAUGGCUCCAGAAGUGGUAAUGUGUGAAACGUCAAAGGACAAGCCAUAUGAUUUCAAAGCCGAUGUUUGGUCACUUGGUGUUACGUUAAUUGAAAUGGCUCAGAUUGAACCCCCUCAUCAUGAGUUAAAUCCAAUGAGAGUUCUGUUAAAGAUUGCAAAAUCAGAACCCCCGACCUUGGCACAGCCAUCCCGAUGGUACGUUUUUAUCAUAUAAUAUUUAUUGCAUUUUUUCUGUAAGGAACAAUGGAAACCUGGUGGUUCUUACCUAGUUAAAUGUCUGUGCUAAGUGUAUAAAAGUAAUAGAAAUAGAGAACGUUUUACCUUAGACAUAUUUGCCGUUUGCAGAUUACUUAUACUUUGCAAACACUUAUAUGCUAGCCGUGAAAUGUGGGUUGUCCAAACAGACAGUGGUGCUAAUUUAUAGCUUAUACACAUUUUGUAGAGGGCAAGUUCAUUUUAAUAUAAAACUUUAUUAUUAAGAUGAACAGGAUUUUGUAGCUGUAAAUCAGAAUCAUAUAAUGUUGUGAAGUAAUUGACUACAAGGCUAAUAUAGUCCUCAAACCAACUUUAGCUUAAUUAAGCAGUUUGGGUGUAUUACAGUUCCCCUGCUCAAUUCACUGCCAUUUAGGAAUUAAUUCACUUUGGUUCUGUUUAUGCUACCCUAGCCACAACUCCCCGAGCUGUGAUACACACAGCCUUCAUGAAAAAAAGGUCAGAUCUUACUUUAGAGGCUUUUAUCUCCUGCUUUGUAAAUUGAACUUUAAUCACACACAGGAGGCUCCUGCAGGCUAUUAACGGAUAUUAAUAAUAAAUUGUAAAUCAAACAGAAUGUGCAAUAAAGGAAGUUUUAACAUUAGAUCUCUAUUUAUACGAAAUAUGUAGGAAGGCUGUGUAGGACAUACAAGUGAGGCAGUGGGUAGACCUACAUAAGCAAUGAUUUAACUCCUAAACAGCAUAUAAUUGACCUGGAAGACUGCAGGGGCAUUAUCUGUGAACCACAGCUGCUUCAUUAAGUUGUUGUGGUGCCUUUAGUAUCCCUUUAACCCCUUAACACCAUUAGAGCAUACUGUGCCACCCCCCCCAUUAUGGUGACAUAGUACACAAUUUACUUAGCUGGACCGGCGAUCCUGGUGCCUCAGGAGACAGGCAGUACCCCUGCUUCCUUUCCGCAAAUCACAUGGCCGCAAAGCAGUCUGAGACUGCCCUCGGUGUCUGAAAAAAAAAAAAAGUUAAACACACACAUUUAAACAAUAUAUUAUACAUGAUAGAUAUAUAUAUAUAUAUAUAUAUAUAUAUAUAUAUAUAUCUCUAUAUCUAUCUCUAUAUCUAUAUCUAUGUGUGUGUGUGUGUGUGUAUAUAUGUAUAUGUAUAUAUAUAUAUUUAAUUAAAACACCUGAUUAGCAUAUUAUACAGAUAUAAUGUAAUUCUAAGUGUAUUUUGGUAUUAAUAUAUACGUAUAUUAAUACCAAAAUACAGUAAGAAUUAAAUAUGUUUUAUAUAUGUAUAAUAUGCUAAUCAGGUGUUUUAAUUAAAUAUAUAUAUAUAUAUACAUAUACAUAUAUACACACACACAUAUACAUAUAUACACACACACACAUAUAUAUAUAUAUAUAUAUAUAUAUAUAUAUAUAUAAUAUAUAUAUAUAUAAUCUAUGUGUGUGUAUAUGUAUAUGUAUAUAUAUAUUUAAUUAAAACACCUGAUUAGCAUAUUAUACAUAUAUCAAACAUAUUUAAUUCUUACUGUAUUUUGGUAUUAAUAUACGUAUAUAUUAAUACCAAAAUACACUUAGAAUUACAUUAUAUCUGUAUAAUAUGCUAAUCAGAUGUUUUAAUUAACUUCUAAUAAAUUAGACAUAUAUUACAAAAUAUACAUUAAAAAAAAAAAAUUAAUGUCAGAAGCGUAUUCUGAUAGAAACAUAGAAUGUGACGGCAGAUAACAACCAUUCGGCCCAUCUAGUCUGCCCAAUUUUCUAAAUAUUUUCAUUAGUCCCUGGCCUUAUCUUAUUGCUAGGAUAGCAUUAUGCCUAUCCCACACAUGCUUAAACUCCUUCACUGUGUUAACUUCUACCACUUUAGUUGGAAGGCUAUUCCAUGCUCUACCACUUUAGCUGGAAGGCUAUUCCAUGCAUACACUACCCUCUCAGUAAAGUAGUAUUUCCUGAUAUUAUUAUUAUUUUUUUUUUUUCAAUUCUUUAUUUUUGCAAUGACAGAGGUAGUGGCAUUCCCACUGUAUAUAAGCUUGAGCAAAAGCCAGUUCAAGGUUCAGAUGGUAUUGGUUGUUACAGAACAUAAAAUUCAAAGCAUAUCAUACUUUCUCGUGUGGUAUGGUUACUAUUUUGUCAAAGUAUAUUGAUAUUAAAGGGAAGAGAAAAAACUUAAGCAACAAUAGAUACCAAAGGCUUUUGUAAGGAUAACAUGGUUGCCUGAUAUUAUUUUUAAAUCUUUGCCCCUCUAAUUUAAAGGAUCACUAUAGGGUCAGGAACACAAACGUAUUCCUGACCCUAUAGUGUUAACACCACCAUCUAGCCCCCCUGGGCCCCUCAUGCCUCCAUAAAUAUAGUAAAAAUCUUACUGUAUUCAAGCCUGAAGCUGUAAAUCUUCAUGCUGUUAGACUCAGAAAAACAAGCAGUCUGCUGACCUGUGGUAACCUGAUCCAAUCACAGUGCUUCCCCAUAGGAUUGGCUGAGAAUGACAAGGAGGCAGAUCAGGGGCAGAGCCAGCAUGAUUCAAACACAGCCCUGGCCAAUCCGCAUCUCCUCAUAGAGAUGAAUUUUAUAUAAAAUGUAUAUUUAUCUACUAUAUUUAGAUAAUUUUAUAAAUUACAAUUCAAAGGACUUGCCUGACAACCCAGGCAGAAAGUCAAUUGAAUUUCAUUUACAAGCCCUAUAUUUAACCCUGUAACUUUCCAUAAAACCUGUACAUUUGGGGUACUGUUGUACUCGUGAGACUUUGCUGAACACAAAUAUGACUGUUUUAAAACACUACAACUUAAUGAUAUCAGUGACAGUGCAGUUUUUGUGUGAAAAAUUAAAACGAACUUUGGCUAGCUUUUGUGACUAAGUGGCUACUACAAAAGACUGGACUUACCCAAGUCUGAAUAUCUUGGGUUCUAUACUUUUGUGAAUUAUAUGCCAUGAUUGGGGUAAUUCUCAUUCAUUGGCUGCUACAUGGUCUCAAAGGCAACAUAGGCCACCUAACCAAUCUGGCAAACUGAAAUGGGAAAGCCCUGUAUUUGUCCCUGUAACCUUCCAAAACCCCAUAAAACCUGUACAUGGGGGAUACAGAUGUACUCAUGAGACAUCGCUGAGCACAAAUGAUUUUUUUUAGAGCAGUAAAACUUAAAAUGACAAUGUUUUCAUCAGUGAAAGGGCAUUUUUGUUUGUGAAAAAUGCAAAAAAAAAUAUAUAUGAACGCUAAUUUUGGCCAGGGUUUGCGACUAAGUGGCUACUAAAAAAGACUGGACAUAUCCCGUUUUGACUACCCUGAAUUAUAUACUUUUGCAAAUGGUAUGCCAUGAUGGGGGUAAAUCUCAUUCCUGGGCUGCCAUACAGUCUCAAAGGCACCAUAACCAAUCUGGCAAAUUUGAAUGUGUAGAAAAUUAAAUGGGCAAGCUCUAUAUUUGACCCUGUAACUUUCCAAAAUUCCAUAAAACCUGUGCAUGCAGAGUAUCGUUUUACUCUUGAGACAUUACUGAACACAAAUAGGAGUGUUUUUUAGCAGUAAAAUGACCAUGAUGUAAUCAUUGAAAGUGCAGUCUUUGUGUGAAAAAUGCAAAAAAACUAAUAUAAAAGCUAACUUUGGCCAGGGUUUUUGACCAAGUGGCUACUGCAAAAGACUGGGCAUACCCUAUUUUGAAUACCCUGGGUUGUCUACUUUUACAAAUGGUAUGCAAUGCUGGGGUUAAUUUUCUUUCCUGAACUGCCAUAAAGUACCAAAAGCAACAGUCCAGCAAACCAACCUGACAAAUUUCAAUGUGUAAAAAAGGGAGAAAGCACUAUAUUAGACCAUGUAACUCUCUAAAACCCCAUACAACCUGUACAUAGUAGGUAUUUGUGAGACAUCACUGAAUACAAAUAUGUGUAAUUUAUUGCAGUAAAAACUAACAGUAUUAUGAGAUCAACAGUUAAAAUGCCACACAGAACUUUAAAAAUAACUUAAUUACUUAAUUUCUCAACAUUUUUUAAAAUUGCAUUCAUAUUCAUUUGUUUCAUAUAUAAAUACUUGAUAUAAAAUAAAAGCCCCGUUUCCCCUGAACAAAAAGAUCCCUAUCCCCUUUCCCCUCUCCCUCUUAAUAAAAUUGUGAACUACCACCUGAUAAGGGUGUCCUUUUAAUAAAAUUGUGAACCACCACCUGAUAAGGGUGUUCUCUUUAAUAAAAUUGUGAACCACCACCUGAUAAGGGUGUCCUUUUAAUAAAAUUGUGAACCACCACAAUUACCAAAAAAAUCACUGCAUUAUGUGAUGUGUAAUACGAUUGUAUAGUAUCAUAAAUGCACUCAAAUAAUGUUCUGAAAGGGCUAUGAAGCUGGAAAAAUGAGCUGUAGUCUCGGUAUAGAUGUUUCUUCUGAUAAUAAUCUGUUUUGCCUGCUUAUGCAGUGUGUAUGUGAAUAGGAUUAAUGUUAUUCCCUCCACAAUAGCAUAUCUAUAAAUGUGCAGAAAAACACACCUAUUCGGGGCUCUAGAAAACUGACCUAAUAUGGAACACUAAAAUACACCACUGUAAUGUGUAGCUGCACUCAUAUUAUCCCACAGUUGAUUUUAGACAGAUGUUACCGUUCACAUCUGAACAAAUGGAAAUUAAUUCACCAUGAUAACCUAGAAUUUGACAGCGUAUAACUUUGUCUUGGUAACAAAGCACUAUAUAUAUCAUACAUGCAGCUGAAUUGUGUUUUCUGUUUAACUGUGAGAUAUCUUGAAAAAUAACCCAAACCUACAACCUGCCUGCUUCUGUUACCUGGCCAUGUAAACUUGAACAUAAUAUCCCCUCUUCUCUGGAUCAUACUUGGAGAAUAUCAUGAGAAAAUCUUAAAGUACCCUUUCUCAUAAAAUGUUUUUAUUUCAGGUCGAGAGACUUCAACGAUUUCUUGAGAAAGUGUUUGGAAAAGAAUGUUGAUAACCGAUGGAGUACUGCACAGUUGCUACAGGUAUUCUGUUUAAAUGAAAGACGUUUUAUGUUUUACUUUUUAAAUUGCAGAAACUACUUCAGAUUAAAAUAGUGAUUAUAUAUAGAAGCCGCCAACAAAAAGGUAAAUGCAACCUUAAAAACCCUAAUCCCCCAACCUGACAUUUAAAAGAUAAAGGGACAUAUUCACUAAAUAGCAAACUGUGCUGAACAGUUGCCCAAGACUGUAAAUUGACAGUGAAAGCAAUUCUCCAACUUGGCUACUAUGGAUCAAUGUAUGUGUUCUAAUUCUUUGAACUAUGAUAAAAUAAUUUUUAUUGAAAAGUAAAAAUAGAAGAAUUGGGAAGAUUCCACAAAAUAGAAGAUAUGUGAGACACCGGACACCUUUUGUAGGGAAACAUGUUUAUAUGUAGAUUCUGAUUACUCUCCAGCCCAGUAAGAUUGUCUAAAUGUUGCAGUGUUUCAAGAAUUGUUGUGUAGGUUAUCAUUGUCUGUUGUGUUGUCUUAGGAUGUGAAGGCCUUUUACAUAUUUUCUAAAGCAAAAACUUUUUUAUGUUUAUUUUAAGCAUCCAUUUGUAUCUUCUGUGAAUUCCAACAAGCCAGUCAGGGAACUCAUCGCUGAGGCCAAGGCUGAAGUGUUGGAGGAAGUGGAAGAAUCUAAAGAGGAGGAGGAAGAGGAGUCAGAGGAUACUUCUUUGGUAAGUGUUUAUUGAUUUAUGUUUUUAAAUCUCUUGAGUGCUGGAAAGAGCAUAGUUACAUAUAUACAGACAUUCGUGUAUCACUGCUCUCAUCGUAUGCUUUUAGUUAAGAAGAAAAACCCUAUGCAGGAAAUGCAACACUUUUUAAAAAUUUUAAAUCUAUAGAUGUAAAAUAAGGACUCAAUCUAAUUAGUUUGAAUCAGAAUAAAAAUUGAUUCAUUUAAUUGGGAGGGUGAGGGGGGGAACCUUUUUAAAUGAUUUAUAUACAGAAAAUUGCCGCAGACUUAAUGGUGACGUCUGUAGAUAAAUGAUUUGAGGGUCUUUUAUAACAGAAUUGAAUCUUUUCUGGGUCUGUUUCAAACAAAUUAAAUAGAGGCCACUAAGUGCAAAACCAUAUAAAAUUUAAAAUUGCACUGAUUGAAUGGACACUCUGUUAUGUAAUCAUUCCAGUUUAGUGUCGUGGCUAUGCAGCUAAGAUUUGUAUGUUGAGAGCAGUUUGGCCAAAUCUAGGUCUCUCCAUGAUAGCAAUAGCCUAUGCCCCUCUUCCAGUCGACUGAUAAUACAGGAUUUAUGCUUCCUCAUUGUCCAUAUCUGGCUCAUCCAGCAUGAGUGGCAGUGAUCGGCUGAGAAUACCAUCCUAAUCCAUUGCUCCACCUAUCACUGCAGUCCAGGUUAGAUGCACUAUACACUGAACUGUAGUGGUUAUAAUGCUUAAAGUAUCCAUUCUAACAACAUUUUUUAGGGAGGGUCAGCCAGGGGGUAAUUGUUUAAAAAGUUAACUUAAAUUUUCCUUAUGUAAGUUUUAAACUAGUGCGUACUUAGUGUUGCAUCUGGCUACAUGACAUUGUCAUGUAAUCAUCUGUGCAGUGUACAGUUUCUAUGAUUAUUUACCAGUAUAUACUUUGCCCUGUUUAAUUAUUUCUGUUUGUAAGAACAGCUCAUUUCUUUGGUAACUUUAAAACACAAGCCAGCUUUGUACAUCCUGAGUUAAUGUCUAUAUUUUUCCUUUAGCCUGUACCUGACAACAAGAGAGCUUCUUCUGACCUGAGCAUUGCUAGUUUGGAUGACGACAAACUCUCCCAAAAUGCUUCAUCUUUAGAAACGGUUACUGAAAAUGUUGUUCCUGCUGAGAUUAAAAAUAAAGUUUCUGAACAAGGUGUUUUGGAACCAUUGGCAACGAAAGUAUGUGAAACUACUGCUAAUAUUUCUGAAAAGCCGGACAAUGAAAAUGUUUCUCCAAAAGAGAGCCAUAUACCCACUGAAGAAGUCUCUCCAUCUAAUGAGGUUUCUGUUAAAACAAGUGAAGUUGAAGUCAAGUCUCCGUCUUUUGAUGAAAAUAAAGAAACCAUUGAUGAAACCACUCCCAAAGAAAUUCAAUUGGUUCCCGAACAAGAUAUUGAUGAUAAAUCUCUAGCAAAUGAAGAUAUAACUGCAGUUGGUGAAGUAAAUGCUAAUACAAUUGUGGUAGCAGAAAAAUUAGUAGAAACCGAAGAAAUACAGAAAGAAGUAAAGCCAGAAAUUCCAAAGAGUGAAGAUGCAGCAUGUACUGUAGUUGUUUCUGAAGUAAUAAAUGACCUACCAAAUAAAGACUUUUCAGAUGAAAAGAAGGAAGAGUCAGAAAUUCCCAGUGAAGGAGUGGCAGUCAUCGAAACGUCUGAGUCAGUAGGCAAAGGUGAAAAUGAGAGUGAAGCACAAUCUCAGGUUCCUAAAGAAAGUGUUGAAAAUCUUGAAGAUCCACUUCACGUAUGUCUUGACAUGCCUCAUGUAUCAGAUGAUGUGGUCAAAAACGAGGAGACUCUUGAAGAGCCAGAAGAAAUACACAUUAUAGAAACCACUCCAGUGGGUGAAGACACUUCGAAAUCUGAAUCUACCAGUGAAAUAAGCGAUGUCCCUGAACCUGGUAAAGUGGAUCCGGUCCCACAGCCAGAACAGACUAAAGAAAAUGUCUCAGAAAGUAAUGUCCUUGUUUCUGAUGAUUCUGCCAAAGAUAUGAGCGAAAAUACAGUUGUAUCUUCUUUGCCUGAUAAAGAAGACAUGCAAAGUACACCCCAGGAAAAUGUUAAUUCAAAUGUUGCUUCAGACGCAGCUGCUACAACAAAGCCUGAACCCCUGCCUUCUGUGCCUAGUAUCAGUAUUGUUUCGGAGGAAAGCAAAGAGAACGAUCACGUAAUCUCAGCAGAGAAACCAGAACAGUCUCAGUCUGUAGAACCGAUAGAAAAUCCAAAGGAAAAUGAUUCAGAUUCUGGUACGGGCUCCACAAUUGACAGUGGAAGCAUGGAUCUAAAUUUGUCCAUAUCAAGUUUUCUUACCAAAGGCAAAGAAUCUGGCUCAAUAUCUAUACAGGUAAUACACUAUUAAUAUUCUCCUCUGUCUGAAACAAUGUAUAAUGUACUCUUAAUAUAUUGACUGUUAUAUUAAGUCAAUUGGCCCAUUAUUGGGCAACUGGAAAAACUAAAACUCAUGGUAGGCCUCGGGAUAAUUGCGAUGUGUACAUCUAUAAUGCAUGGAAAUUAUGGAAAGUUGAAUUAAAUUAGUAUAAAAAGCAAGCAAUAAUGCUGGUGAAUCCAAGGAGGAAAUAUAGAAAGAAAAAAUGAAUGCUAAAUAAUAGGGACAUUAAGUAGGGAGUAAGUGUGGUUAUCUCAUAGGAAAUGGCUAUUGGAAUCUUAUAGUAUGUCAGGUGAACAAGAUAAUUACUGUUUAUAACUAAAGCAAAGUUAUAAUUUUUUAAUGUAGACUUCUAAAUAAAUAAAUAUAUAAUACGUGCACACACAUAAUUGAAGUGUUUUUUGUUAUUUGGAAAAAGAAUGCAAUUUGGUGACAUGUAUAUCUUAAAGGGACACUAUAGUCACCAGAACUACUACAGCUUAAUGUAAUGGUUCUGGUGUCUAUGGCAUGACAAUGCAGCCUUAGUAUUGUACCAAAUUUGUAAUUAGUACAAAAUUGAUGAUCUCAGCCAUGGAGGCGGGGCUAGCCGCAACAAGACCGGUGUGGGAGACAAGGUAAGUAAAAUCACCUUUAAACUCUGGAAAAGGGGAAGGGGGGGAGGGGGGGGAACAGGGACCUAAUGCUGCAUUCCAAUACAGGUUUGUAUUCCUGACCACUGUAAUGCUCCUUUAAGAUUAAUAGCAUAUUUCCAAUGACCUGGAUCGCCAAUAAUGCAAAGUAAAGCUUUCAGUAUGCCCUCAUCACUAAAAAGAAUGAAUUAAUUAGAAGAAAGAUUUAUGGCAUGCUACAUUUAGUUGUUUAGAACUCUUUACAUAUGCUUUCAUUUUGUCUUCAUGUAUAUUCAUAUUAAUGAAUAUUAAAAUGUCUUCCUGUAUAAAGAAAUAGCUUGCCUUUCUUACCAAUUCCUCCUUUCUGAAAUCCAUUUUUAUGCAUUUUUGGUUGUAUUGUCAGUUGUGACGUAGUGCUUACUUUUUUGCAACUGUCCUUUGCUUUUAAAAAAAUGACUGACAGAAAGAAAGAGAGCUGCUAAUGCAGGCUGAAAGCGAAUGUUUUUUUGAAAAAACGCACGUUGGGUCAGAUAACUAGCAAUACUACCAAAGGUUCAUAAAAAUCGCAGAAACGGAAUGCUUGGAAAGGUAGGCAAGGGAUUUCAGAAAAAUGUCAGUACACAUGGAUUGGAAAAAAGAAAAUAAUGUUAUAAUAUAAAGAUUAUAUUAAGAUAUUUGUAAAACUUUGUAUUCCAUUAAGCUCCGCCCAUUGUCAAAGAUCAAGUUCCCCAUUAAGAAAAGUACUCGCUACAUUCUUUUAUGUGAACUAAAAAAGGUGAUUUUUCAUGUAAUCCACAGCAACGUAACUCCCAAAGGUUAGCCUUCAAUGCUGUAAGGUUUUUAUGUCUGUCUAUUGUAUAUCACAUGUAAAGAGGUUUUUGAUGGAUGCAAUUUUAUAUUUUAGGACAGUAGGAGACAGAAAAAAACAUUGAAGAAAACUCGCAAGUUUAUGGUUGAUGGGGUUGAAGUGAGUGUCACCACUUCUAAAAUAGUUACUGAUAACGACUCUAAGAGUGAAGAAAUGAGAUUCCUCCGGUAUGUAUCCACAUAUUCUUUGUGCCACUGUUUGUUUUAUUUAUAUAUUGUAGAAAAUGGCCGGGUAAUUGACUGUGUGCAUCUCUGUGUUUGCAUUUAACCACAUUAUGACAAAGACUUUAGGCAAAUUCUAUAUUAUAUCGUGGAAGAUCAGCCUGUUAUAAAUGGGUUACUUUUCUGCAAUACAAACACAAAUUGAGGUUACACAGGACAGUGUAGUGUGCAUACAGCAUUCAUUGUGUAUUAAAAAAAAAUCAUAAUGCAAAUAAAGGUUUUCCGCAAAAUGGAGAGAUUUAAAAGCUAUAUCUUAAAGUAUAGGCAGUUUUUAAAUGGCAAUUCAGUACAAAGAACAUUCCUGACGACAACCACUGUAGGCAAAGCUAUUAAGCGAAGCACAGUAGGUUAUCUAUUUUGAUUUGGAAUUUCUAAGAAUAUACACAAAUUAAAGUUGUAGCCAGUAAUGACUCAUAUACUUAUUUUCAUGAAGGCGGCAAGAACUGCGGGAACUGCGACUUUUACAGAAAGAAGAACAAAGAGCACAGCAGAUUCUUAGCAACAAACUAUUACAACAGAGAGAACAGAUCUUCCGACGUUUUGAACAGGAAAUGACGGUAAUUUCCCUUUUUCUUAGUCCUUACACACGAUAAAAUAAACACAUCAUUUUAUUCAUUGAUAAAACACGGGUGAAAUAAUUAAAUAGAAUAAAAAUAAAGAUAUAUGUAGAAUAUAGAUUUAUUUUUUCUUUCAAAACAAAACUUGUAUAAAACAAAUUGCCCUUUUCCCAACAGCUAUACUACUUUUAUUUUCACUCGUCAUCUAUUUUAUGUAGUGAAUAACUUCUGGUAUUCCCAUAAUAAUCCUUCCAAGCAGUACUGUAUUUUCAAUAUGAAUUAAAUCAUGACAAUCCCUAAUUUAUUAUCCUGUUAGCUGGAAGUGAAGAAUGUUGCCAAUCUCUUUAAUUGGGAAGAGAACUUGUUAUAUCCAAAUUUAAAAAUGUCCCUUCCUACCCAGAUUAAAUCCUUAAAUUAUGCUGCAAAUUCAAAAUAAACUAACUGGAUUGCUGCAUAGUUUAAAUUUAGUAAUUAAUAUCGGCUGUUGCUAAUCUACAGAUUAACUGAAAUUAAUCAAGUCUGUUAUUGUCUAUAUAAAAUAUUUGAGAAAAAUCUGCAGAGUACCCCAAAUUAAUGCAAAUGAUCAAAUACUGUGCUAACCUACCUCAUGUGUAAUUAAAAUCUGUUCUGGCCUACCUCAAAUUAUAUAAUUAUAAUUUGUUCUGGCAUGCUUCAAAUAUAUAAUUAAAAUCUGCUGUGACACAACCCAAAUCAUAUAAUUAAAAUGUGCUGCAGCUGGAUACUCAUGUUUGUCUCUUCCUAUUUAUUUGUAUGAUUAAUGUUUGCAAAUGUAUUCUUUGAUUUGUAACAAGGCACUACAAAACAUGCAUUCCAAGAAGAAGAAUUCAUUUCAGGAAAAAGUCUCUGAUCACGAGUCUCCUAGAUUCCACAUUUGCGGGGGAAAAAAUGCUGGGAAGUGCAUUGCAAGCACUUGGGGGGGAAAGAAACAGGCAAAUUAAGAUUUGUAAUUAAAAUCCUGCUUUGUCUUCUAAAGAUGUGCAGAACUAGAAAGCUAUAGGUAUAUUAAACUUUUAAAUGUUGACUUCUCUGUCUUAAUUGUCUAAGAAUCACUUUAUAAUGUAAAGGGGAAAGGACAGCUGUGUCCGAUGCAAGCGAAGAAUGUCAUUUCUGUAGUUUUAUAUUAGAAACGAAGAAUGUCAAAACCAGAAAAUGGGAGUAACAGUUUUUUUUUACUUUCUAUUUUGGGGUUUAUUCACUAAACACUACAUUGUAGUGAAUGUAAAAUUGAAUUGCAAGAUUUAGGCUAAAACAGCUAAACUGUGUAUAUAGUCUGUCUGGAGAAUCAUUUUCAGUUCAUGUUUUCCUAAAUUUUGCAAUUUUGGAACAUAGUGAACUGGCAUGGUUGUUGUUGGACAUUCAAAGUGAAUUUCAAUUUUAAGUCCUUUUUAGUUUUAUUAGGAUAGUACCACAAAAAUACACUCCAUUUAGUGUUUGAAUUUUGGUUUAGCGUAUAUUCUGUUUCAUUCUUCCUUUUCUUUUAUGAGGAAAAAAUAACAGGAUUAUUAGAAUUAUUAAAAGUAAAAAAAAUCUCCCAGACAGGGGCUAGGACCUGGCCUCCUGCUAUACAAAUGGCUUUGAGAUUACCAACUAAAAAUCAUUAGUUUUCACUUUUCUGAUUUAUUUUUUUAUUUUAUUUUUUUUUUCUGUUUUGAGAUGUGUACAUCCCAGUUUCUAAACUAGAUAGGACACCGCUGCGCUCAGGCUUCUGGUCCACAAGACAUGCUCUUCAAAAUGAUUGAAUGUUAUUCCACAAGGACCUGCGUGUCCAAAUGCAAAAUUAAAAUAGAUAUAUAGAUAGAUAGAUAGAGAGAGAUAUAUAUAUAUAUAUAUAUAUAUAUAUAUAUAUAUAUAUAUGUAUGUAUGUAUAUGUAUAUCUAUUAUAUAUAACGUCAUACAAAGUGUAUUUUAAUAUUAAUAUAAGUACAUAUAUUAGUAUUAAAAUACACUUAGAAUGACGUUACAUAUAUAUGUAUAUAUAUAUGUAUAAUUACAAUAAUAAAUAAAAUAAAUAAAAUAUUGAAACAAAUUUAAUAUAAAUUAUAUAUUCAUAUGUAAUUUCAUUCUAACUGUAUUUUGUUAUUAAUAUAUAUAUAGGUAACAAAACACACUUAGAAUGACAUUCUAUCUAUAUAUAAAAUACAAAUAACCGCAAAUAUAUAUAGUUACAUAAAAGAGUACAUUAGUAUACACGUAGAAUUUAAAUACCUAUAAAUGCAUAUAUAUAUAUAUAUAUAUAUAUAUAUAUAUAUAUAUAUAUAUAUUACAAUUCUAUGUGUAAUCUUUUAACAUAAUUAUGUGAUUAAUUAAACUUUGAUUGUCAUGCCUGACAACACAGGGAGAAAGUGCAGAGAAUUUAAUUUGCAAGCACUAUAUUUGACCCUGUAACUCUCCAAGACACCAUAAAACAUGUACAUAGGGGGUACUGUUUUACUCGGGAGUCAUCGCUGAACUCAAAUAUUAGUGUUUCAAACUGGUAAAUUGUAUUACAACGAUGAUAUUUUAAGUAAAAGUGAAGUUUUUUUGCAUUUACAAAUGAACGGCACUUUUAUGGACUAUAUUAUUGUUGUAAUAUGUUUUACUUUUUUAAAACACUAAUAUUUGUGUUUAGUGAAGUCUCCCGAGAAUAACAGUACCCCCCAUGUACAGGUUUUAUGGUGUUUUGGAAAGUUAGAGUCACAUAUUAGGCUUGCGUUUCAUUUUUUUGACACUGAAAUUUGCCAGAUUGGUUAUGUUGCCUUUGAGAGCGUAUGGAAGCCCAGGAAUGAGAAUUACCCCCAUGAUGGCAUACCAUUUGCAAAAGUAGAUAACCCAAGGUAUUGCAAGGGGGGUAUGUCCAGUCUUUCUUAGUAGCCACUUAGUCACAAACACUGGCCAAAUAUUAGAUUUUUGCUUUUUUUCCACACAAAAACAAAUAUGAACGCUAACUUUGGCCAGUGUUUGUGACUAAGUGGCUACUAAAAAAGACUGAACAUACCCCACUUUCAAUACCUUGGGUUGUCUACUUUUUCAAAUGGUAUGCCAUCAUGGGGGUAAUUCUCAUUCCUGGGCUUACCACACCAUCUCAAAGGUAACAUUACUAAUCUGGCACAUUUCAAUUUGAAAAUGGAACGUUCUAUAUUUGACCCUGUAACUUUCCAAAACUCCAUAAACCCUGUUAAUGGGGGGUACGGUUUUACUCGUGAGACAUCGCUGAUUACAAAUAUGUGCAUUGUUUUGCAGUAAAACCUAACAGUAUUAUAACAUUCACAGCUAAAAUGUCAGACGGAAAUACAAAUUUAAAAACAAAUCUUAUUUUCUCACAUUUUUUUUAAAUUUUAUUCAUAAAUUAUGUUCCAUAUAUGAAUAGUUAAUGAUAAAUUAAAGCCCUGUUUCUCCUGAACAAAAUGAUAUAUAAUAAGUGUGGAUGCACUUAAUAUGAAAGAGGUGAGUCAUGGUUGGACAGACCUAUAGCGCAAAUUCCAGUUUUUGUUUACGUUUUGUUUUGAUCAGAACGUGCACUGUUGACUCCGUCCUGAAGGGGUUAACCACUUAAAUAAUCUUCAUUGAAUCUGAAAGAUAAUUAUGUAUGGUAACACUGCAAACAGACGGACAGAUUUUCACCUUUACAGGUAGAUUUGCAGGUUUUUAAAACUUUUUAUAUAUGUAUCUUUUUUUUUUUUUUUCAUCAAUCUUUCUUGUAUGGGUGAUACAGAAUAAAGAAAGGGAGAUGAACACGUUGUCCACACGAUAGGGAUUUCACGUUGUGAGUUUACAUCUCCUAGAUAUGACUGCCUCAUUUUAUAUUAAUUCAGUAGAAUGUAGACUGCUAAACUGUUGAUUAAGAAAAAAAAUAAGAAUUUAAAGAAUAUAAACAUGCUAAACUGUUGAUUAAGUAGAAUUUAGAAGCCAGACAUGCUGAACUUUUGUGUCACGAUUAUGAGUAGACAUAUACUAAAAAAAAAUAAAACAUUAGAAUAAGAUUUAUACUGAUAUGACAAACUGGUAACAAAGUCGCUAUAAUAGAGGUCUGUUAUAUAUCCAAACCCCAAAAGAGAGGAAACACUUACUGAUUUUAUGCUUGUUUUGUUUCAGAGUAAGAAACGUCAGUAUGAUCAAGACAUUGAAAAUCUUGAAAAGCAACAGAAACAAACCAUUGAACGUUUGGAACAGGAGCACACAACUCGUUUGAGAGAUGAAGCUAAGCGUAUUAAAGCAGAGCAGGAUAAGGAGCUUUCUAAAUUCCAGAAUGUGUUAAAAAAUCGGAAGAAAGAGGUAAGAUCUUACUUUAGCUUAUGUAGGGAAAUACUGACUGCCUUUGUAAUCUUGCUUUGAUAUGUCUGAGGUUUGUUCUUUACACUGUUAAAUAGUUCUUGCACUUCCCCUUAGCUUUUCUGCGCAAGCAGUCCUUUAUUUUUUUAUUUUUUUUUAUUUUGCACUUUAGUUAUCACUGAUACCCUUCUAGUGAGCUUUGCAUGUAUUAUGUUGCUCUCUCAGAGCAAUCUUUACAUGCGGUGUGACCUCUUUUCAAAUUAAUAUUUCGUUCUUUCACUCAAAUAUGUUUUGAGAAGAAAAAAACAACAAAUCCGUUAACAUUCAUUUAAACAAUAAAAUAGAACUGUGGAUGUUCACAGCAGUAGUCCAAUGCUAUUAAAUAUCUAGGGGUCAUAUUUCUUUUAGGUUUUGCUGUAAAAACUGCAGGAUAAAGAUAAGAUGUGUGUUGGCACCCAGCAGCAAGUGGCCCACUCUAGCUCUUUUUUGGAAUAUAACUUUGGUCAUUGUCCACCAUGCAUGGCAGGAUAACACAGAAUGCUGAACACAAACCCCUUAUAUGUGGUUUCAGGAAACUGGUACAUACAUUUGUUUACAGUGUUAUAAUAACUUUGACUGUGAAGUUUUAUGUAUAUGAAAUGGUAUUUAAAAAAAUAAAAAUGUUGUGCAAGUCAAAUGAAACUGAAAUGCAAGAUCAUAUUUCCCAUCUCCUCUACCGUAUUUGGUGGCUGUUCUUAUUUCUCCUUUAACCCCUUAAGGACACAUGACAUGACGUGUGACAUGUCAUGAUUCCCUUUUAUUCCAGAAGUUUGGUCCUUAAGGGUUUAAGGAGGAGAUAUCUCAUCCCAGGAGUUGUAAUGUUAUGUUUACAUGCCCUCUGUGUCCAUGACCACUUCUGCUUUUUGAAGUGGUCAUGAAGAAAGGCAUCUGGUUAUUUGCACAUGUCAGCCCAUAACUUUCACUACCUAACUUAUUAUUUUUUUUAUAAUGUUUCAAAGCGAUGGACCUAAAGAAUAAUGGCCGUUAGUAUGACAUUAUUUGUUAACAAAAAAUGGUUCUGAGGGCUGGAGUAACACUUGUGCACAUGUUUCCGAGGUCUGAAAAUAAAAUUAAAUGCAAAAUUAACACUGCUUUAUUUACCUCUGAAAACUAAUCCUCAAUUUUAGCUCUUUGUCAAUCACUGUUCUAAACCUGCUUUUUGUGGUAAUUGAGCAUGCAAGGGAAGAAGGAGAAACAAAAAGUGCUUGCACUAUUUCAUGUCUGAGCUGGAUAAAAGAAAACAGUUUCACAUGAAAAGGGUUUACAAAAUAGGUGAUGUUUCAGUGCUUCAUUCAAAAGUCUAAUAUCCAGAAAAAUUACUGUUCCCAAUUUAAUUGUGCAACCACUGGUGAGAGGGACAUUUUUCCAACCCAUCCUGUCAAUGUUAUGUCUUGUACAUCUUUCAACUAAAGUUACAGCACUGUUUAUUUCCUCUGUGUGUUUGUCCACUCUGCAGUGUGUGAAAUUAACUGUUUGUUAAUAGUUUUAACAGUACUUUAUUUCCAGGUUGUAUCACAAAACUGUCUUUAUUUCCAGGUUGUAUUACAAAACUAUAGUCAGAAUGAUUUAUUUUUUGGAGUAAACUUUAAUUUGUGUACUAAUUUUAUUUAAUUUUUUCCUCCUCUCUUUUACUGCACAUUUUUGGGUUUUUGAGUCUAUAUUUUUUUCUCUAACUUGGUGGUUGGGCCUCCUGCAUUUUGGUGAUUAUUUUCAUAGGAUUGUCCUUUGCACAACUGGCAAAACGGAUGCAGGUGUUUGCUUCCUCUUUUGUAAUGUAACAUAGAAAUUUACAUCUGAGUACACCAGUUUAACAUAAUAUAUGUAUUCCUUACAUUUGAUCUGUCCUAAAUAAUUUGAUCAGCAGCACAUUGUAUGUGCUUAUUUUCUUUUUAUUUAUUUUUAAUUAGUAAACAUUAUUUUAUUUAAAAUGUAUUUCCCUUUACCAACCUGGACAUAUACAGUUCCAACACGUUAAAAAAAAAAAUCACCCAACAUUUUUUUUUUAAAUAGCGUUUGUAUUUGAACUAAAAAGUACUUCAAUUAAACACAAACUGAGAGAAAUUAAGAUUUCAUUAACAAUAGUGAGUACUUAGCUCGCAUAGGCACUACUUAAAUUACACAGGACUUUGCUUUUUAUUUAUUUUGUCUCACAACAUCCAAUAUAAAUGGAACACACUAAAUUCUUUAAAGCACUUGAGCUAGCACUGUCAGACAAUCAGUGCUUUACACAUUUGUAAAUUAAUUUAACAUUGCUAACAUGGAAGUGGAGCUAGAAAAUAGACCAGCAAGGGGCUGGGUCACGGUCGCCUGGAAGAUCCUCAGUUUGUGCCAAAUUUAAAUGGUUAACGAAAAAUUGGGGUACAGGCACGCAGUUUCCUAACACAAUAACUACUAAAAUAAGGUUAUGGUGCUCUAAAGUGCCCUUUUAAACAUAAAACAAAUGUUGCUCUAUAAAUUUGAUACUUUUUUUCUCACUUAUUAAACCAGCAAAACCUAAAAAAUGUUUAAUUUUUUUUUUUUUUUUUUUAAAGAAAUACAUUUCUAGUUUUUAAACUGGUGCAAACAGGUGAAUUAUUGAUCUAGACUCAUAUUCCUUUCUUACAGGAUGUGGUGGGGCAUUUAGAAAAUUCUAUUUUUUUUUAUUAUAUAUUUUUGGUUCUCAAAUAACUGCUUUGCUUAACUGCACCUUAUACAUUACAGUCCUGCACAUGUUUUCCUUUGUGUGUCGUUCUUACAGGGGCCCGUACAUAUCUGUAAUUAAACAUACUGCUGCCUGGCCUGCCUUUUACUUCUGCAAGAUUCCCUGUUCCCGAGUCAUUAAUAAGAAUUCCACACAUGACAUUUCCUGGCUGAACACUAAAUGCCAAUCAGAAUUUGGCUAGGAUUCAGUUCAUGGUCAGGGAGCAGAACAUGCAUAUGUAAGAAGAAAUUAAUGCCCAAACUGGGUUUGCUGUAAAGUUCCGAACAUGCAUGUUGUAGAACACAUUUACACAUAUGGAGGGUCUACAUUUUAAUGGCACCACAUAAGAAAACUGUUCAUAAAACAAAAACAGUAUUUUAAAGGUUUAUUAAUUUGAUUUUUAAAGUAUAAAAUCUUGUCCCAAUGUUACUCUGUACUGCCCUGGAAAAUUAAUGGGUUUAAGUGACAAUAAUUUAUAAUUCUAGAUUUUCAUAAGCCCUUGGACUGCCACUUAUGUGGCAGCAUUUUAAGGUAGACUGUUACCUGGCCUUUAUCUAGGACUAUCAGCAGAGAUAUUGGCUAACGGUAUACCCGUAUAUUCAUUAAUAAACAUCCGCUAAAAAGCAUGAACUCUCUCUCUCUUUCACUUUCUAACUAAUCCACAGAGGUGCAAACUGCAAGCAUCUGUCAAAUGGUGAUGUGGCUUCUAGCUAACAUGCUUGCUACAAUUGCUUGCUCUACAGAAAAAGGGUUAUUAUCCCCACUCUCUGCAUGCUUACAUUAGGUAAUAAUUGAAGUGGAGAAAGCCUCAAAAGAGCAGAGAAAGGAUCUUAUGAAACGCAAGAAAGAGGAGCUUGCACAAAUCCAGCAUGCUCAGGUAACUGCAGUCCCUUUGUUUUUCUAAACCCAGUGAAGAGGCUUAUUGCUUUCCUUGAGUGAGCUAUCAAAGCUACCAAUCUGCCAUUUGAUGUCCAACUAACCCCACAUUGAUUUCUGAAUUUAACUGCUGUGAUCAUAUUGAGUUUGAAGAUCACAUUAACAUUUCAUAUUUUAAUAAUGAUUGAUUUUGUUUGGAUUUGACAAAUUCUGAUUGACUAAUAAGGCGUAGUUGUAUAAAAUCUUUGUGUUGUUUGGUACCUUCAUGAUUAAGGUUUAAAGCAAACCAUGUCUAAAUCCAUUGGUAUCUUUUUCCCUGAUGUAGCAAGCAUAUGGUAAGUACCUUGCAGUCAGAGAACAAAAAUAUGUUUUGUAAAUUUUGUUUAAUUGACUGUUUGAUCUACUAGUAAAACAAAUCAGUAUAGGUCUUUAAUGUCAGAUUGUGAUGACAGAGUGGAAUGUCCCUCUGCUUGGUUAGGAGCACUUUAAGCACUUCAGCUUGCAACAUUGAAUGUCCUAGGGUGCAGGGCAAACCUUCCCCCAGCCAAGGAGAGCUCAGUCCAUCAACAUCAGGAAGGCUUUGUUAUUAUUAAACAAGGGCAGGUGUACAGGAGCUAUCUGCAAAUAACCAGGUUUGCUGUAGUUGGGAGGCUGCUUAGUGGAGGCACUCCUGCCAAAACGGACUCUGUCUUUUAAAACCUGGCGCCACUGUAAAGAGUAUGAAAAUAUAUACAUUGCACUGAUCAGAUUCCUAGCAAAGUUUAGAUUUCAUUUUAUUAUUGAUGGUGCAAUUUUGUUCCUGUGUACAUUAGUCUUUGAGGUAUAUACAAUAACUGUUUAUAAAAUAUGAAUGUUGGCAGCAUUCUGUGAGCCACUAGCCAAGUCUGUUUUAUUGCAUCCUAUGACUUGCCAGCAGAUAACUGUUGGAGUUGAUUGCUAAGGAGGCUCAUUAUAAUAAUGUCUCUGUUCUGCCUCUUAUUGGGGCUGUACUGUAUUCUGAUUCAUAGGGUGUGGCCCAGGUCAUGAUUCAAUCUUUUCAGUUGUCUUCGUGUACGCUAUUCAACGCUCAAAUGCAAGAUGUAAGUGGUGUGCUGCAAGGUGUGUAGUGUGCAGUGUGAAGUCCUUGUGUUCCUGUCUGCACAUUAGAAAUGAUUUACAAUGUGUGGCCUCUUGGAAAACUUUUCAAAAGCCCUUUUAUCUAAGCAUGUGUGUAUGUGCCUCUCCUGUUAUUCCUGUGGAGUCUAUUCAUUGGAAGUGACAAUCCAUAUUACCGGUUUCAAUAUUGUUACCCUGCAGGGUUCAUCGAUAUGUGGGUAGCACGCGCUAAGUUUGCAUAAUUACCUGCUGGUGUUGUCAUGGUCUGUGCUUAAAUAACUUAAUACAGGCAAAAUGUGCAAGAUGGAACCACUUGACUUGAAAUAAAAUAUGCUGUUAUUUUAACUAUAUCACUCUCGGAAGGGAAUGCAUUUAUCUUUUGACCAUCUUAGCACCUCUGUCUUUCAUUCAACUGAGGACAGUUAGCAGCCAUGGCAGAUUUAUACCACUUCCCAUAGUCCUCUACAGUAUGGCCAUGAUUUUAAAGUAAGUUUGGGUAUACCCUUCAUAUGGGGCAACACCAGUCAGGCAAUAUUUGUAGCCUUUAUAUAAAAUUUGGUAUUCCCACAAAUUAUGCCCAACAAGAGUAUUACAGUACUCACGUGGGUUAGCUGCAAUCUGCUAAAAGCUCUCUAAAACAAGUUCUCAUCCAUGAUUGACUACCCUCAACACCGCAGAUGUCUGUGGACAACAUAUCCCAUGAUUCCCAGACAGUCUUUUUCUAGCUUGCACCUGUUGUCCACCAAAGCUUCAGUGCUGAGGAUAGUCGUCAUUGUUCUAGGCUGUGAGCGGUAAUUGAAACCGCAUGGGGAGAAGGAAUAAGCAGUGGAGAAGGAAUAAGCAGUAUGUCGUAAACUUUACGUUGGUCUGAAAUUUCCUCUGUAUAGACUCCUGCUGUGCAUUAUUUCUUUCCAUAUGUAUGUGAAAAAUGCAAAAGAUCGAUAACUCAGCCGUUUACUUUCUUUUUAAUAAGCAAAAUGUACGAUAAUUUUUUGGUUCCUCUUUCACCAGUGGGGGGUAGGUAUCAAAUUAUUUGUCAUAGUUGCUAUUAUGAAAAUACAUAGAGCUUUACAAAGAAGCAGCAUUUACAGCCUCCUUGAUCCAUUGAGUUUUUUCUUUUUCUUUUUUUUUUCUUUCUUUCUUUUGCAUGAUAAAUUAUUCAGUUAAUUCAGCAUUAUUUUUGGUGGAAUAGCUUCUAAAUAACACCACAUUUGAAAUUAAAGCUUAACCUUUAAAUACUAAAUUAAAAUAGUACUUAACAGUGGUUCUAGUGAUUUAAAAUAACUGUAUGUGUAUGUUCGGUGGUCCUGUCUGGUGAGAUUCACUAAAGAGAGGGAUUCUAAUAGUCCGUAAUAUGUUCUAAUCGAAAAGACACUGUGUAUCGCUUUUACAUGCAGUGUGUAACUUAUUUACCAAAAACUUUUUAAUUGUAUGUCUAGCGAUACAGUGUGUCAAGUUGUAAGACACUCAAUGUAGAUUUAAUAGCUUGCACGGUGAUCAAAGUGAGAAAACAAACUUGUAAAGAGAGGGACAAGUUUACUAUAUGAUAAGAUAGAUCUCCAAAUAAAUGAGACAGCACCCAUCAGCUGAUAGCUUUAAGUGUAGAGACAGAGUGGGAGGAAUAAACUUUUCCUGCCUUUGUGGGCACAUACAUUUUAGUAAAAACACAACAAUGCAGAGCUUUACAGCUCUUUCCUUCGUCCCCGCACACUGUCAGCCGCCCGCACACCGCAGCUGACCAUGAGCCGCCAGCUCUCCUGCCUGCCUCAGCCCCCCCGUGAGCCGGCUGCCGGCCUCCAAUCUGUCAGCCGGUCCCCUUGGGGGUUAAACAGGCUCACAAAUCCAAAUCACCAGAACAAAUUUUCUGGUCGCUGUGGCGACCUGGUGCCUGGAGUCGUCAAACCCUGUCGUAAUGCAAAGCCAGGAACAAACUGAAAUAUCCCUAAACCAAAACACAGUAAAACACUGGAAUUGCCGGAAAAGUACGCAGUAGUGAAUACUAAUCACUGAGUGUAUGAACCAUAGUGGGUCAGGUAGAGGUAGCUGACUAGAAUGGAGCCGAUCACGUGGCUAUUCAGACUGUAUAGAUUAUAUACUUGCUACUCAUUUUAUUUUAUUUUUUAUAUUUUGGGUGGGGGGCAUUUUUGUUUCAACAUGGCUUUUAGUGAAACAAUAGGAAUGAGAGGUUAGCAUGAGUAUGGCUAUGUGAUGGAACCAUGUAAAUAAUGAAGAUACAAAUAAGCAUGUUUAUAUUUGCUGCACAGCUGUGAACAUACAGAGUAAAUGUAUUGCCUCUAUGGACAAGCUGAAGAUAUUUUUUUGCCCUAGAGAAAAGUGUUUCCCCAAACAACAAAAUUGAGACAAGUUGUUUGCGCUCUGAUUGUUGGUAACAGCCGAUGUCGUAUUAUGUUGUUGCUCCCUUUUAUACUGUUUUGUAUAAAUGUAGGAAUUGAGUUAAAUCCUGACAGUCAUUUUUUACCCCUAGUUGCAGAGUGUUGAUUGGCUGCUCUCUUGGUGCAGCGUGAUUGGUGCCUGAGGUCUGGCAGCAGCCAAUUAGCUAAUUGUGGCAUAAACACUCAUGUUUGUAAUCUAAUGGGAAGAACAAUGCUACCCAGUUAUCUCUGAUGUGUAGAAGUAUUUUGAUUGUAGCAGAAUGCAUUUGAUACCAACCCUCUCAUCGUCACUUUUUGAGAUGCCUUAUGAAUGUGGUGCAUCUCAAAGGUGAUUAUCGGUCCUGAAUGUGAGAAGGAUACUAGUAUAUAAUAUAUUGUACAUAAUCUGUAUUCGUGGUAACAUUUAUAGAUCUGACUCUUGGUUUGUGAUAGUUUUUAUUUUAUUUUAUGUUUCCAUAUUUUUUUGACAGGUUGUUAAUAAACUGUUUACAUAUGAUAAACAAAUUAAUGACUGCCCCUGAACUGAUUUCAUAAAAAAUAGUUGAUAAUGAAGCAUUUUAUAAUAUAGGUAGAGCCUGCCUUACAGGCCUGCGCUCUGGCUGUUACUAUUUUUUUUUUCUUUUUCUAUAAAUAUGCUGAAAUAAAUAGACCUAUUCUAAAGUUUCAAUUGACUGGAAGGCUCCUUUUGAACCUGUUGUAGUUAUGGAAACAAGACGCCUACUGCUUCUCUUUUCCUAUAGUUCUCUUGUAAUGUUAUCUGCAAAGAGUUACCACUCUGUGGACACUAUUAUUAUUCCUCUUUAAGACCACCUUGCUUACUUUAAGUUCGCUAUGUUAGUUUAGUUACUAAAAUAUUUUUGUUUGUGUGUUUUGCUUUGUUUCACUUUAAUCAUUUGAAUCCUGCAUUAAAAAAAACAAACAAAAAUAAUUGUUUACGUACUUAUCAAAAGUAAUAUCCAAGUAAUUUAUGAAUUCUCAAAUAGGAGCAAGAAUUUCUUCAAAAGCAACAACAAGAGCUUGAUGGUUUUCUGAAGAAGAUUAUUCAUCAGCAGAAGAUGGAGCUGGCCACUAUAGAGCGAGACUGCUUGAAUCACAAACAGCAGCUGAUGCGAGGUAGUCUCAAUAAAGAUCUAAAUUUGCCUUGUGUUGGCCCGCCUUUGUAUAGCUGUGACUUUAAGCGUUCUGUAGGUUGUGAAAAGCCUCUUAUCUCUAGAUUACACUUUUGAAAUUAGAAAUCCAACAUGUUCGUUUAAAGGGUUACUCAAACCAUUUCUAAUCAAAUGUUUUUUGUUAUUUUUCAGUUAGGAUGCACCAUUGGACAUUAUUAACUUGGUGCCCCCUUAUAUUUUUUAAAAUCACUAAUAAAGAAGCUUUAACUUACCUGGAAUACAGUGCCAGAUAAAGAUAACCUACCUUACCUUCCCUGCCCCCCCUGUAACUCCUUCACUCUCUGUAGCCCACACAAAUGCUACUAAUGAGGAGGUGAUGGAAUGUGGGGUGGGCUACGGGAUAAAGUCACAAAUCAAAAUGCGUGGGGCGGUAGAGAUGGGAGGGAGAUGACAUACAAAUAUCCCUUUGCAGGCACGCCCCCCCCUGCUAGGAUAGUAGCUGAUUACAUCUGUCACCAGCACACAAUACAUUCUGAAGUCAGCUGUAAUCUUUGCACAGAAUUAUCAUUAAGCAGCCUGGAGUUCUCAGUUUCCCAAGUCAUUUGUGAAGGGGGCUCCAGGCUGCCUAAUUCACAUUUACCAGGGCUGCAACAAGCCACUGGCACAAAAUCAGUUUUCUGAAUUUGUAGUGUUUCAUACUUUAUUUGUGCCUCCGUAAGCAAAGAUCAAAUUCACUUAAAGUCCAGAUUUUGUGCUGAGAUUGUGAUCAUUUUCAAGAAAACUCAAAGAAUACAAGUUACAAAAGUGAAUUCUUCAACAAAUCCUCUCCACUGGACAUUCAUUUAUUGUGACAUCUGGCAUUGCAAAGCUUGUGCUGGGUUCAGCAGAAAACAAACAUGAUUAUUUACUAAAGUGAGAAUUGUUAGAAUUUCAACUUGCCAAAAUUGCUGAAAUCAAAGUAUUAUUGAUUUUAAUCAUUUUCCAAUUCACUGCUUUGGCCCUAAAUUUGAAUUUCAUUUUGAAUUUCACUUUGAAUUUGCAUCAAUUCUCAUUUUAGUAUAUAAUCCUGAGAAUAUGCUUUAAAAUCAACAGGGCCGUAAUUUGUCUUGGUCUUUGCGCUACUUGUUACAGUGUACCUGCCAGUGUGCCAUGUUUGGAAUACAUUUAAUGUUCAAAUCAGUACACGCAACUGCCGUGUUGAACAAGCAGACAUAAACUACUCUCCUAGCUUUUCUGUCUCCUGGCAUCCUUCCGGGAUAUAGGUGAUUCCCAUUUUUUUCCCUGAGUGACCAAGAUCCUUAUGGAACACAUGCAGCUCUUGGCCACCACGAGUAGGCAGUGGCAGAUGGCAGGCAAUUGGUUUUAAUUUGGAUGCAGUGUAUAACACAUACUUGUUGCAAUUUAUGAUUUGAUUUUCUAAAUGGCAGAUUUUCUUCCCUAGUCGGUCAAAACAGUUUAUCUUCAAUGCAAGGUUUAAAUGCAAAGCAGAUAGUUUUCCGUAGUUCCUAUUACAGAUAAUCAGUUACAAAUGCAUUUUAAAACUGUGUAGGUUGAUAAAAACACGUUUUCUUCGUCUCCUUUUAGCCCGAGAAGCGGCAAUAUGGGAACUGGAAGAAAGACACCUACAAGAGAAGCACCAAUUGCUUAAACAGCAGCUUAAGGAUCAGUAUUUCAUGCAAAGGCACCAGUUACUGAAGAGACAUGAGAAGGUUUGCUGACAUUUGUUUAUUUUUAGUUUGUGGUUUUGUUUUUACACUUCAACUUUGAAUAAUAAUUUUCACACACCAUGUGCUAUAGCCACUGCAGUGGAUAAUGGGAGUGGUACAAUAUGUAUUCUUUCCAAGCUCCCGUUGCUAUUUAUGUAACAAACAUUCUGUGUUGGGGUCGUGUAACGUAAUAGAUUAAUUUUACCUUUAGUAAAGCUGGUUAAAGUGGGCUUGACAUCUUUUACAGUGCUCUCCUUGCUUUUGGCUGUCAUCUUGACUUAGUUCAUUUUAAAGGAAUACUCGGGGCACAAUAACCACUUUCUUGGAACAAAGUUGUUAUGGUGCUAUACAAUCCCUGGCACGGACUUACCUUCAGGAGUUCAUUCGUUAAUAAACGGUCAGCUCUGCCACCUCCACAUCCGCUUAAAUCCGAGGCUUGAAACAGGAAGCCUUGGACUGGAAGCCUGAGAGCGACCCUCAAAAUAAGGUGUAAAGAAGGAGAGCAAGCUCAGAAAAUGUGACUCGGAAUCCAUAAAUAAUUUAAUGCAAAAAGUCCUUAAUAGCACUAGACUGAGGUUUGUAAUGGUGAUUGUAAGUGAGCACAUAAAGUAUAAAUGUCCUAGUAAAUUAAAAAGCAUAAAACAAAAGUUGCAGAUCUUAUUUCAUACCUUUAUGGCUAAUGUAAGUCAAUGAAAGAUCAUUUUUACUUUAGGGACUCUUUGUUCGCUUAGUAUUUAACAUUUUUAAUGCACGCUUUAUAAUUGUUACCUUGUUAAUUAUGUUUAUUUUUUAGGAAAUGGAGCAAAUGCAGAGAUACAAUCAACGACUUAUAGAAGAAUUGAAAAACAAGCAAACACAAGAAAGAGCCCGACUCCCUAAAAUUCAGCGCAGUGAUGCAAAGACUCGUAUGGCCAUGUUUAAAAAAAGUUUAAGGAUAAAUUCAUCUGGUUCACCAGAACAAGACAGGGAAAAGAUUAAACAGGUAGUUAUCUAUUUAGAUUGAUGUCAUCCGCCACAUUUAUUCCUUGUUUAGCUCUGAUCUCUUUACUGUGGGGACUUUGCUGUUUUUGUUUAGGUGACCACCUUAAUGUGAUGUUAGUUUUUCACUGCAGUUUAAUUUUGUACUCGGCAGAAUCACCCUAUCAUUUGUGCCUUUUUUAUCUUUGUAGUUUGCCGUUCAAGAGGAUAAAAGACAGAAGAAUGAAAGAUUAGCACAACAUCAGAAGCACGAAAAUCAAAUGCGUGAUUUGCAGCUGCAAUGUGAUGCAAAUAUCCGGGAGCUGCAGCAGUUGCAGGUCUGUUGUAUUGCUAGUUUACAUUUAUAACAACUGGCUGUGCUGUUAUGAAUGGUUAAUGAAUUAACCAGUGUCAUGUCCAUGGGUGAAUGCUGGUGGAAUGUUUGUUUCCUGCCCAAGACUGUGGUGGUGUCCAGACUAUUCAUGAACUCAUCUGCUGUACAUGUGUUCCCACCAUAGCUACUACAAGACUACUGCAUGCACCUCAACUUUUCUGCAAAAUAUUUCCAGAGCUUCCUACUAGAUAUAUCUCCAUAUAUCUCCUUGCAGUGGCAUUGGAAUGGAAUGAUGACUGGAAAAUUUAAAUUGCUGGGAUAUAAUAACAUUUUAUAUAUGAGGGAUCCGAGGUUGUUGAGAAAAUCAAUAAGGGUGGGUCAUAUUAAGGUAUGGGGAAAUACAGUGAGUUGUGGAUGCGAUUCUGUUGUAAAGAUGGAAAAGGUUGUGAGAGAUGGAAUAUGGAGUAAGAAAGAUAGUUUGAGGAGUAAUAAUAUUUCACCUCACCGGAGAUACAGGGGUUCAGACAGAAGGACCAGGAACACAAAGUGGCCGCGUAUGCGGACGACAUGCUUUUCUUCAUAACAGAUCCCCAGGGUUCACUACCGGCCCUCCUGAGCGAGUUCACAAAAUACGGGCGGGUAUCGGGACUUAAACUGAACCAAGCUAAAUGUGAAAUACUGGCGGUACACACCACAAGGAACACACAAAAGCGACUCCAGGGCAGAUACCCCUUCCACUGGUGCACGGAACAGAUGCACUACCUGGGAAUAUGGAUUCCUUGCAUUCCGAGCGAAAUAUACACCAGGAACUACACACCUCUCCUCUGCACCAUAUUGACAGACCUGAAGACGUGGGCCUAUGACCAUAUUUUGUGGCAGGGGCGCAUAGCGGUGGUCAAAAUGAACAUUCUACCCCGACUUCUCUACUGCUUCAGCACUAUUCCCUGGCACCUACCCCCGGAAUUCUUCACCACGCUCAAAACCGCGGUAACUCAAUACGUCUGGAAGGGGGCGAGAGCACGGCUCAGUCAUGACAAGCUGUACCUACCCAAACCAUGGGGCGGCUUGGCACUGCCAGAUUUUCGCAAGUACUUCCAGGCAACGGUGCUCCAGCGAGUAAGAGAAUGGCACACGGCCCCAACAAACAAACUAUGGACGAGUCUAGAUAGAGAAAACACAAACAAGGCCCUCCACACAUAUGUCUGGCAUGGUUCGGCAGCAGUCAAACACGCCCUGGGUAAAGAAUCCCCCGUCACUCAGACGCUGAAAACAUGGGCCACCUUGAGAAGAAACCCACACACAUCCCCACAGCCAAGCCCCUUGAUCCCCCUGACACACAAUGAGUCCUUGGGAGGAGGGCUCCAACCAACCGCCUGGCCAGUAAACGACGAAACUGACUACAUCCCACUGAACUCAGCCCUGACCAAUGCAGGUUUGCGCAGCCUACGAGAUUGGGCCACCGCAGAACACCUAACGAUGAUGCACCAAUUCCAUUACGCACAGCUGAGGCACUUUUACCACAACAUACCCAAUAAGGCAGCGGUACACAGGGAAAUGUCAUGGUUUGAACAACUCUGCGUGACUAACCCUGAGGCGGAAGGCAGAGUGUCGGUCAUAUACCAACAGCUGAUCAUAGGGGACCUCUCCAGGAACAACGCCUUUAAGCGGCAGUGGGAAGAACUAACAGGCAGAACUUUCACGGAAGCCCAGUGGGAACAGAUACUCCUACUGCAGCAUAAGAGUUCAAUAAGCACCAGGUACCAAGAGGUUAACUUUAAGUUGAUCUCUCACUGGUACAGAACUCCAUCACUACUGCACAGGAUUUUCCCAGGGGUCUCAGAUUCAUGCUGGAGGUGCGAAAUCCAUCCAGGCACGUUACGCCACAUCUGGUGGGACUGCCCCAGGAUCGAACCAUUCUGGGAAGAGAUGAAACUAGAAAUAACCACAAUCCUAGGAGAACCACCGGACUUUAGCAUGGAAGCCGCACUCUUGCACUUCACCGAAGGAACGUUAGCUUAAUAUAAGCGAUUGAUACUACGACACCUGCUAAAUGUCCCACUAAGGUCGAGUGGCUCCAGAGAGUAGAGGAGAUCCACACAGCCGAGGCAAGAAAUGCCGACAUGCUCAGGAAACGUGACAAACAUGUUGAACUUUGGAGACCGUGGUACACAUAUAUUUCACAAAUGAUAGCGCAGGAAGGAGGGCGACAGGAAAUCUAGUCAGCGAGAUGCCCGCGCGUACCUCGCCACCCUUUCCCGCCCUUAGCAUACGAACACUAGACGAUGCACUAGAUGCGCACCACACCAUUGCUCACACCCUGUUGCUGCCCCCCCCCUACCCCCGAGCGGAGCCGGGAGCCACCCAACGAAUUACGGAAGUCACACGAUAAUGACACACAAGGCCACCAUACAUCCACACAAAAAAAGGAGACACAUAUACCACCACAAACCAACACAGAAAUAGGAGACACAUAUACCACCACACAGACCAGAAGAGACAAUCCCAUGAUGUGGAUCACAUCUAGCCGGGGAAGCAACCUCAUGACAAACCUACAACCGUAGACAAGAGCAACAUUAGGACACCACACCGCCCCCGCCCAAGAUGAGGAUGACACCCACAACAUACGGUAAGAACCUAACACAGUAAGGAGAUGGGUAAACCAACCGAACACAGACAGACACGGAAGCACAGCCACUACUACAGAUAAACACUUCAACCAACCACUUGAAUAACGUCAUAGACUCGUAAACAAUGGAUAGAUACGAACGCAGCAAACAGCAGAAGGAACCCCAGAAGUGCCCUGACCGGAUCACCUGGGAUUAGUUUACACCAGGGGGAUGGUGGAAGGAAAAGGGUGACUUCGACCUGAUGCUAGACUAUACGGACCCACACCCCAAGACUGAGACAGGGGCCACAAUAGAUCAAAUUCAGCCUCUAUACAGGGACGAAUAGAAAUAACUAUGCACGCACCAGAGUAUUCACAAUCUCCAGGUGACGUUACUAGAUACUCAUAGCGUUAUAGACGGAAGCGGAGAGACAACGGAAACGAGGCUAACCAUACUCUAACCUCGGGGACCACUAGGGGGCAGGCGCAAAGUAUGGCUAGAAUGCAGAGCAUGGACCAUGCCAGAUUACCUGACCUAACGUGGUUAUGCGCUCUUACCUCUUCCCCACCGAUAGUUGAACCUAAAGCACUACAUUACCCAAUAUAAUGCAGUCAUAAGAUGAUAAAACAAAGGACCUUCGAGUCCACAUCUACUUGGGCCCAGUUUUCAUGAUGCGUUACUCAGUUAUACUUAGCACAUGUUGUGCUCCCAUUGCCAUAAUUACUAUGCCAGUAGAGACCUGCAAGUCUCAUUGAAACCUGUUAUUGAUUGAAAUGCAAAUAAAAACUAUAUUUACAAAAAAAAUAUUUCACCUGAAUUAAACCCUUCUGUCACUUACCUAAUUCCAGCGCUGAUGUCUCUAACAUGUAAAAUGCUUUCCUAUGGGGUUUUACAUAACACUGGAUGUCCUCAUGCAUAGCGUGAGAACGUCCAAUGUCAGGCGACCAAAAGUCGCUCAACAACCUGGAAGUUCCUCUAGAUGGAGUAAACCCUCAAAGAUAAUUAUUGCUGUUUAUUUAAACUUAAAUAAUUACCUUUGCACAGUUAAGGAAUCUGGGACACUGUGUCUUUUUAAUGUGCAUAACAUUAUGACAGUAAUGUUGGAUGUUAUAUUGGGGUCAUAAAAAUGUUUUGUUUUCCUCAUUCAGAGGUAUAAGUUUAAUACUUCUAUGCUAUGUUUGUAUUACAUUGUUGCAUUCCCAUGUGCAGUAGGCAUUUUUAAAUUUUAUUUUUGUAAUAAGUGAGAAUUUCAUCUAUCAGUGUAGAUCUGUGUUAUGAGAUAAAACGGUCAACUGAAAGCUUGGUACAUUCACGUCCUUAACAAAAUGAGUAGAUCAAGCGUUUUCUUUUGACUUGCCCUAUCUAACAUGCCUCUCUACCUAAGAUCUUCUAUUUUACAAGAUAUAUAUGGCUUGCGAUGUUUUUGUUUUUUGUAGAAUGAGAAAUGUCAUCUGUUAAUUGAGCAUGAAACACAGAAACUGAAAGAGUUAGAUGAAGAACAUGCACUGGAGCUGAAGGAAUGGAGAGAUAAACUAAGACCCCGCAAAAAGGUAAUCAGUACAUUUAUUGUACAGACCUCUUCCUCAUUAAAAAGAAAAUAAAUCUUAAAUAUAUUCUAAUAUGUACUCUAAAUCAUCAUUGAAAGAUGAGAUUGGAAUUGGAAACCAUAUUUGUGUAAAAGUCUGCCCCUUCACCUAAUGCUCAGCUACCUUCUCCAUUAUAUGCUUCUUAGUCUGACGAUACAGCACCUUUACUAAUUAUGGGUAUGAAGGGCUUCUCUCACUAGGUUGGUUUGCUUUUCCUUUUUUGUGUUGCAUUGUAACCAGAUUUGCUAAACUAAUGCCAUUUGCCAAGUUGAGAAUAUUAGUUAGAGAAUUUUUCACCUCUUUUGAUUUAGUCAUACAUGUGAUAUCUCCUCUAACAUUAAAUAAUGUCCCUUUCAUUCUUUUCUUUUGUGAUGCCUCCACCUUUAUGUUGCAUAAGACUUUUUUUUCACUUGUAUUGUAUAUAAAUUCAUUGCGAAUGUCAACUUUCUCCGUGUCUCAUCUUCUAUCUAGAUUAGUUUUUCAGUACAGGAAUACUUUCGUUUUAUCUGUUGUGUGAAGCAGGUCUUAAUAUAGCUCUUUUUCAUUAAUCGUGGUUGUUUUCUAAUACAAAGAGCCAUUGUUUUGUAGACUUAUCAUUUUAUCUUUAGAAUGUCCUUAUGUUUAGCUGGACACUGUUGCAUAUUGUAAAUGUAACUUACACUUUGUUUCAAGGAAAUAAUGCCAUUGUUUUCUAACAGGCACUUGAAGAGGAAUUUGCACGAAAGCUUCAAGAACAGGAAAUGUUUUUUAAAAUGAGUGGCGAUUCUGAAUGCCUUAACCCCACCGCACAGAGCCGGAUUUCCAAGUUUUAUCCUAUCCCAAGCAUGCAUUCUUCUGGGACAUAAAGGCGAGAAGCCGUGCUUGUUGGCCUCCAGCUCUUGACAACUGCCAUGAAGCUCAAAGUUAUCACAGCUGGAGAGCUGCUGCUUUGCUGAUUUUAUAUUUUAUUUCCAAUAUGCCCUUUUUAAAACAUUUUCAGAAAGCAUGGAUAGUUUUUAGCAAAUUUACUUUUUAGUCUGUUUUUUGUGUUUUUGUUCUGUUUUAAUAGUUUGAGGUGAUUGGAAUACAUUUUGUAGAAUAUACUGUAAGAGCAAAACCUGAAAACGAGUUUGAAAGGUUUGUAAAACCACUGUUUGAUUAUCAGGAAAAUCUGCCACCUUUAUAUUAUAUUAUUUAGUAUGUAUAAUAACGGUUAUAAAAGAAACCUUCUUUGCGGUUUAAUCCCAAGUGAAAUGACGCGUUUUCUUUUAUUGUAAUACAGACUACAUUUUUUGUUAAACUUCCAUCUAUCACCAUCACGUGUUUUUUGUUUUUAUUAUUUUAAAUUUUAGAUGCUAUAUUCAGAUUUGCUCAUACCCCAUUAAGUUCGGUUUGUUGACUUCCAUGUUGUCCUACAUAGUUUUUGCAUUUAAGCGAUUUCUUUUUAUGAGUGGUCCAGCACUGAUAUAGCGAUUUCCUCCCAGAAAUCAACAGGGGACACGAAGUGCACACGCUAUUUUUUCCCUGUAAUUUAAAGGGACUCUCCAGUGCAAGGAAAACAUAUCCAUUUUCCUGGCACUUCAGGACCCUGCAGUGCCCCUCUCCUCCCAACCCCUAUCCCAUGUUGCUGAAGGGGUUAAAACUCCUUGAGUGACUUACCUGAACCUAGAGCCGAUGUCCAUCGGCGCUGGGUCAGGCUCUGCCCAUGCUCCUCCCCCGCCAUCAGCCGGCUGGGGAGACAUAAUGCGCAUGCGUGGCUAACUUUUAUAAGAACUGCAAUAAUUACACUUGCAGGGUUAAGGGUGGUGGGAGUUGGCACCCAGACCACUCCAAUGGGCAGAAGUGGUCUGGGUGCCUCGAGUGUCCCUUUAAAGUAAUGGUGAAGCAGUAAUCAUUCAAAUGUUCCAAGUGUACACAUUAUUUCAUUUAAAUGUUUACAGGUACUCAUGAAAGUGUAUUUUCCUGGGAUGCUUCGUAUUAUGUUGUACACAUAUUUCCUAAAUACUUGUGGUAAGUACUGCAUAAACUGGAUACCUAUAACGGUCUCUAAACUACCUAGUUGUAGUUUGUGACUAAAUGCACUUUACUUUUCAAAACAGGUUUGCCCCCCGCCCUCCCAAUCACCUCUAGUCCCAGUUACCUAGAAAAAAAAAAACUGAAAAGAAUGUUUAUACAUGUAUAAUAGUUUUAUCUCUCAAAAACUAGGUGCAUUGUCUGAAGCUGUUUAGAAUGUAAUGGCAGAUAUGCCCUGCCACAAAUAAUAGGAUGACGGUAUCGCUGGAACAUCUCAGGUGUUCUGUGUUUACUCUUACUGGCAUAAAUUCAUAAUCAUGCCAAAGCUUAAAUUGCCAGUUCCUCUUGUUACUGUAGUUGUGUUUUGGCACGGGAAAUGAAAAGUGAUAAUGGGGUGGCAUGCUGUUACCUCCUGAAAUGGAACUCCGUUAAACAUUAAAAGGAUGGUGGCAUUUUCAGUGCGAGGGAAGCAGCCACAGUUCCCGGCCCAAACACUCAUUUACACACUGGUCUCCUAAUCACUCCAGUCUUGGCAUCCUGCGGAGCUCAGUCUGGGCCCACAGCACCCGCCUUACAGAGCGGCAUCGUCAUGAUGAUUCUCUCUGGAUGUGCAACUAUUAUUCAAGGUGAGUGAGUGGGUUUUCCUCCUGAGAGGCGGAUCAACCUCAGCAACGUUCAUGCAUGUAAUCUGGCUUGCAUAGCUGCUGUGUAUUUACAAGACUCUAAGGAUAACCUCGAUGCAUUUCCAGGUCGGAAAUUCCUGAGAAAGAAGUUAAUUGGCAAAGAGGUUAGCUUUAUACUAGAGUACAAGACUGCACUGUGGAGAAAGUAUGGAAUGGUUUGCGUCGGAAAAGAAACAUCUGGUGAGAACAUUGCAUAGUCCCUUGUAGCUGAAGAACUGGCCUCCCCACGUAAAGGAGUACAAACUACAACCCCAGAGCAGAAUAGGCUGGUGGAAAUAGAAGAACAAUCUUGAACAGCAAAAAAAGGGUUUGUGGAGUGAGGGCACUGACUUUCAUAUCAUCAGAGACAUUAAACACACAAAAGUGAAAUCAAGACACUUUGUGGACUUCAUGCAUCAGAAACCAGUUAACGCGGUUACUGAGCAUGUGUGAGAUGGAAGUGUGAUUAGAGCACUGCUACUUACUGAAUACUCUCUUGUUGCAGUGAUGCUGUCUGGUAUAAAGUGUCCAGCCUUUAAGAGAAAAGCUGAUGGCAUUGAGAAUUUUGACCCUUUUGCUGCAGAAGCAAAGUUUUGGGGGGUUUUUCAGAGUCAAGUUUGCUGCAGUGUGAUGUAUAAAUUAUUUUGGAAAGCAGCCACCAAAAAAAAACUUCAAGGGAACCGUUCUCCAUCCCAAUGGUAACAUCAGAGAAGUGCUCCUUAAAGAAGGGUUUGCUCAAUGUGUAGGCUGAGAAAGCGAAGGGCAGCAGAACGAUUUGCCCAAGAAAGAAAGAUAAGGAUCUGGAGAGCUUGUGGCGCCCACAGAAAAUUUGAAUCAGAAGGAUACGCAAGAUAUUGCCAAGGUGGUGCAAGUUUUAAACGCAGAUGCCAUGGUUGUAAAACUGAAUUCAGGGGAAUACAAACCUAUUCAUCUUUCCAGUACAAGGCUGCCAAGGUUUCAAGGAGAGGGAUCACAGGUUAAUAACAAGAAUAUUGAGUCCUCUCAAUUGCCUGUACAUGUUUAGGGCCAGAGAUUUUCUUCAGAAGAAACUUUUUGGGUGUGCGGUGGGGAGGUGAAUGUAGAUUAUAUUCGGUCAGCAAGCACAGCAAUAGAAAUUGUCCCAGUCUUUCCAGAGCAUACCUGUGCCACUGUCAUAAUUGGUGAAAUAACCAUUGCAGAAGCUGUAGUGAAGAAAGAUUUUGCCACAGUGAUCUGCUAUAGACAGAAUGAUGACCAGUGAUUCUCUCACUGAGGAGUUACUGGUAGCGGAAGCAUGAGCCAUCAAGAAUGCGAAGUCUCAAAGGCAAAACCGUUCCUUCCAUUCCUGCAGGGCCAGAUGCUCUGGAGCUAUUGUAAAGUAUGUAUUCAAUAGAUCCAGGCUUAAGCUUUACAUGCCAAAGGAAACCUGACUUAUCACAUUUCUCCUUGCUGGCAUUGAAUCUCCUAGAGAACCGAGAAAUAUGCCGGGUGGUGUUCAGGUAGGUGAGCCAUUAAGUGACAAAGCAUUGUUUUACACCAAAGAACUUGUAUUGGAAAGACAGGAAGUUGAAGCAAUGGACAAGGCUGGUAUCUUCAAUGGAUGGUUUCACAUUGAUGGAACACACAUUGUCCAAGGUUCACUUCACUGCUGAGCGCAGCAUCUGCUUCAAACCCCUCCUUUCUGCAGAAGAGGACACUAAAUAAAGAAGAAAAGAUCUGGUUGAAGUUUGAGGAGCUGCCAUUUGAAGUAGUGGCCAUGGUGGAGGAGAAAGGGAGAAAUGCCAAUCAGAAGCCUGUCCUAGUGGCAGAGAUAACAGAUGAUCUUCGCUUCUACAUUCAGGAUGUCGAGACAAGUACACAGCUGGAGACUCAUGGAAGGCAUGAGAAGAGAAAUCCCCAGCAAUCCUCCAUUAAAAAGCUCCUUCUCAUCACACCGUGGAGAUUACUGCAUCACCAAAUUUGUGAGUGGAGAGUGGUAUCGAGCUUGUGUGGAGAAAGUAGUCACCUGCCAAAGUACGUGUUUUUGUUGUUGUUUUUUUCUAGAGUAUUCAUUUGCAAUCAUCCUGCAAUUCAGCCUAAAGAUGAAAAGGUAUGUGGUGAACAGUGUAGUGAGAGACAUACACUCUGUGUCUGCUCAAUGUGGAACAUUUAUGGAACUGGAUGCCAGCAUGUCAUCCUACAGUAUUCAGACUCAGAGGAAGAUCUUUGAUCUCAGAAUAGACUGCUCGGUAUAACCUGUAGGCGUUAAGGAGAUUUCCGUGCAGAUAAUGCUGUUGAAUUUGGCGACAAUUGCUACAAAGUAGUGCUAUUCCGAAGAUGACACAGACCUAACCUUCUACCUACUCACCCGCUGACCUCUGAAUUCCCAUGACUAUCCUCUAAUUUCAAGCCCCAACAUUUCCCUAAUGCCUUUUUAUUGCAAGUGGCGAAGCACUAUAAUGGGACUUUCAAUUCCGAAGGGGCAUACACGGUUCAUUUCGGACAAUGCAACAACGUCAGCAUUACAAGUAUCCUGAAAACGUCAUAAAACACUAUUUUUUUUAUUUUACUUGUCAAAUUAGCUAUUUUUAACAAUUUCUUGUGAUCCAGUCUUGCAUCCUAUAAUUAUGUCCUAAACUGUUCAUCUUCAUAGCUUUCAGUCCGGUUCAUUAAAUAAUUGACUUGUUUUUCCUAUGUCCAGGGUCAUAUGUUUUGUCGUGUGUGUGUAUAUAUA